GUCGGGGGGAGGGGGAGGUCGAAGAGGGAAAAAGAGAGAGAGAGAGAGAGAGAGAGAGAGAGAGAGAGAGAACAACCCAGGCAGGCCAAACGGCCGUGCUCGGGGUUUCCCAGCCGGGCCGCAAGGGCGGGGAAGCGAGCGAGCGAGCGGGAGGCAGAAAGAGAGAGAGAGAAAAAGGAAGGAAGGAAGGAAGCGGGGAGUUGCCGCCUACCCUCGCCUGCCGCGCCCAACCCAGCCAGCCGAGACUCCGCUGCUUUCCCUAUGGCCGCGAGCGGGAGCUGAGCGGCGGAGCCCACACCCACCCACAAUAGCUUUUUAAAAACAAAAAACCGAGGACCGCGAAGAGAAAGAAAGAAAAACUGAGAGGAGGAGGAGGAGGAAACAACCUCCCACACAUAACAAAACCUGCCCGCCCGAGCGACUCCCUCAGGGGACCCCUUGCCCGCCCGCCUCCUCUUGAUUCGACGUUCCUGUUGGUGGUGCAGCCGCCGCCCUCCCUCUUUUCUCUCUCUCUCCCCCUCCUCCUCCUCGGUGCGUCUCUUCGUGAGGAAACGGAGCGGCUGCCAAGCGCAGCGCGGGACGGACGACGGCGGCGGCGACGACGAGGCGGCGGCAGCAGCAGCAAUAGGGGCUUCCUCCUCCUCCUCCUCCUCCCCCUCCCGGUUUAUUUCUCUUUCUGUGUCCCCCCUCCUCCAUACCUCCCCCUCCCCCCCGGUUUCCUCCUCUUCCUCUUCCUCCUCUCUGCUUCCUCCCUCGACGCUGCCUCCUGCCCCGCUGGCUGGCCUGACGGACUGAAUUGACUGGGAGGAGGAAGGAGGAGGAGAACCGGCGCCUCUCGGCGGGGGUCUUGCGAGGGGGUCGCCCGCCCGGCGGGGAGGGAGAAAGGAGGAGAGGAGGGCGUAUUGGCUGGGGGCGGCGGCGGCGGAGGCCGUGGAUGAGCAACGACCGUCGAGGAAGGUGAGAGAAAGAGAGAGGAAAGCAUAAUAUGUGGUAUUAUUGGAGGGGGGGUGUUGUUUCGAAAUCCCCCUCGCAGGGAUCCUAAUCACGUUCCCCCACCCCACCCUUUACAGCUUUGCUCGCCGUCCUUAUUACGGACCCAGUUCGUAUCCCCACCCUGAAAAAACAGGCCUCGUUCGCCCCGUUCUUAAAAAAAACCCCGAAGCCCCAUGACAGCUCCUGUUCACAUCCCCACCCUGAAAAACAGGCCUUACUGACCCGAUCCUGGGCGGGAGGGGGGGGGGACCCGGCCCCAUCUCAUAUCGUGUUCAUACUCUCCCCACCCACCCCGCAAAAAAACAGGCCUCAUUCGGUUAAUCCUGUAAAAUCGGGAGACCUUGUUCAUUUCCCCACGCCGAAAAUCAGGCCUUAUUCAUCCCCUCUUAAAAAAAACCCCAACCACCUCCCAAUCACUGAUCUUGUGCAUGCAGCCCCAUCAAAUCUCUCCGCGGAGACCCUAUUCAACCCCCCGCCCCAUUACGAUCUCUCCAGGCCCUUGUUAAGUCACCUUAAACCCUUGUCUUUUAAUCAGUAUUUUCUAAACUCUCAACAUCAGCCAAUCCUGUUUCUCUCCCUACGGCCCUGUUUUUUAGGUGCUCCUAACCCCCUUUCUUCCUCUGCCACCCCCGCAGAAGCCUCCAUUACGCCCCUUCACAUGCUCCUCCCUUUUUAAAUCAUUUUCUCUCCCCCCCCACCUUAAAAUACUCUCUCCUCACUUCUCCCGUCUAGAUACCUACCCCCCCAUAUCAUCUCUUUUCCUAAAAAAACAAAUUGUUGGCAAAAAAAGAAAAACAUUUCAGUGUGUUUCAGUUAUGGGGGACGGAGGAACCCUUCAAUAAAAUCCCCAACCCUGGGUCCCUCCUGUUUUAGCCAAAUCAUGCUUGUCUUCCCUCUCUAGCCUUCUAAAAAGAGCAAUGCAAAAACUAAGAGGGAGGGAGGCUGCCCCUCCUUGAAAUUUGAGUACUGUACUGAUCAAUUUCCCCCAUAUUUUCUCUUCCCUUUCACCUCAUACACUUUCAUCUCCUUCCUACUUCAUGACUUAAAUCUUGCUCCUUUCUGCCCCACUUCUUUCUCUUUCACCCCUCUGUUUUUUCCUCUCCCCGCAGAAUUUCCCCCUCCCAGCUGCUUUAGACUGCCCUUCCCUAUUACAGCUACUUCUGCUUUCCCCUCCCUUUUUAAUACUCUCCCUUGCUGUUUCAAAUCCUUUCCCUAUCUACAGUACUCCCCUCCAUUUUGCGCUCUCUUUUUUCUCUCUCCCCUUCUCUAUCCUGUCCUCUCCCCCCAUCUUACAAUGCCAUCCUUCCUGACUAGGCGAGGUGCCCUGCCCUUUUUUGUUAGGGCUGCUGACACAGGAAAUCAAGAAAUAACCAUUUCGGUUUUUUUGCUUUCAUUGUCUCCAUCACUGUCCCACCCAUCUCAGAACAUCAGGGAGGGGGAGUGUUUUUCUGUAGCUGCUGGCCAGAGAUAGGAAAAGGGUGUGUGUGUGUGUAUAUGGGGGGGGGGGUGUUGAAGAACUGAUUCUUUUCUGCAUGCGUUGAGGCUAGAAGUGGGGGGAGGGGAAGGAGGCAAGCAAGUCCACAGAGGAUGCUUGGGAGAAAAUAUCAAGAGAGUGCUGUUUGUGUGUGGCUGGUACUGUAAUGGUGGAAAAUUGAUUGGGUGGAGGAGAGGAAAACAGGGUGAGAUUGCUUUAGGCAACCCCUGGCCAAGGAGAAGGCUAAGAAAAUGGAAUCUUGGUGGUUUUCUUCUUCCUACGGUAGGAAAUGGUUUGGAGGCGGGGAGAGAAUAAGAAAUGCUUCUACUUUCACUGUCAUAGUAGAGAGAUUUAGCUGUUGUAUUUUUUUUAGUUGCUUUUCUGCUUUAAUAGGUGUUGUAUAAUUUUGCCAUUAAUGUCUGCUCAGGGUAGACGUUGGCUGCUGGAGAACCAGGGAGCAUGCAAAUAUGAUUUUUUUUAAAAAGCAAUUUAAGGAAAAUUGCUUUUGUAUUAAAAGUUUGUUUUUUUAAAUAACUAGGUGAAUUUCUAAAACCACAUGAGGGAAAUGCUUAUGGAGACUAUUGUGUGACUUUAAAUAAUGAAUUAAUCCAGAGGAUAAGGAAGGAUUUUAUUUUAUUUUUUAAAUAAUGUGUCAAGAAGAAUAUUAGAAUGAUAUAGAGGUUAUCAAUUUGUCACUGUGAUGAAGAACUAAAAAUUUAACGAAUGUGAUUUUUUGUCAUGAUUGCCUUAGCAAAACCACUUAUUCGAACACAUUUUAUGCAAGAUACAUAUAUUUUAGCCACUUUAAACAAGGCAAAUGCUGUUUCCUUAAAAAAAUGAAAGCUUGGAAAUGGGGAAAGCUGCUUCUCACACCACCUAUCCAUGUGGAUUUGGAUGUGGUGAAAGAAUAAUACCAAAAAUUGAAAGGAGGCUGCUGUCGCCAUUUAUGUACAUAGUCUGAGGAGAGGUUUGUUGCACAUUUUGAAGCUUUCCUUCUAAGCACAGGCUUGUAAAUAAAGACAAACCGCUUCUGCUGGUUUUGUGAAAUGCAUGUUAGAAAACGAGAUGAAGAUGUGAUCUUAAUUAAUCUUAGAUAUUAAGCAUUCUCUCUUUUGUAAUUUUGGGAAGAGGGGAUUGAAUAGGUCAAUUGUUUUAGUGGUUGCAGAUUAUGGAGGGUGUGCUUGUUCUCUCCCCCCCCCCCAUUUUUUUCGGGGAAUGAAUGGAUCUUUUUGUGCUGGGCCCGGUAACUGCAACAAGAUGGCGUUUGCAGGAAGGCAACUCUUCGUUUUCAACUAAACACAGCUUCACCAAACCAAAUCAUGUUUAAAUUCCUUUUCUGACUUUGAUAAGCUUUUUUAUUUUUUUUUAAUUAACAGAUUUGUUUUGUUGGGGCUAGGGGAUUGGCAGAUGUUCUAGGUUUUUAAUCUUUUGAUGCUUUUCAGUCUCCAAAUAAAGCCGGGUGGGUGGAGUAAAUAGUUUUAUUGAAAUUUUUACAUCGUGGCAUAAAUACAUGGGAUAUAGUGAUGGGAUCAUUUUUAACUUCUCAAAGCCUCCUCAUAAGAGUUUUAAACUCUUUCCCCCCCUAGAAUGUUGCCACCAAUUUUCUUCUACAGCAGGGCUUACAUAAAUCUUAUACAAGCAUUAUUUGUAGAACUGUGUAAUCUGUCAGUGUGAUCACAUGUGACCUCUUUGUGAUGGAAAGGAAAUGCAGUUCUGCUCCUUUGCCAAAAAUAUGACAGCUUCUGCAACAGUAUUUGACCUGAAAUUCUUCAGUGAAAUAUAUAUAUAAAUAAAAAGUGGCAUGAAGCAGAAGCUUGCUUGAUUAGUAGAACAUUUUCCCUGGUCUUUUAUAUUUUUUAUACAAGUUUUUACAUAUUUUAAGUGCUUACUGGAGUAGCUUGUACAAUUGAAUGAGAUUUUAAAAGUUGGUAACAUUCUUUAUUAAAAAAGCAAUAGCUGUGAAUGUGAAUUUUAAUUCACAUUCCAACUGGGUUAAAGUACAGUACUGCAGACUUCUAACUGACCCAAAGCAGAUUAAUUUAGAAGUGAGCAGAACAUAUUUCACAGUCUGUAUGUUUGGAAUUGUACCUGCAUUUGCAGAAACAUUUGAAAUUACACUAUUUGGAUGGCAUCAAAUUAUUGUUAAUAGCUUUAAAAUAAUACUAUCAAAUUUUAUUAGUUUAAUUUUUAUCUUACAUCUGAAAGCUCACCAGGGCAGACUAGAUGACAUUUAUUUAUCUUGAAUACACAUAUCUUGAAAUUAGUAAAAUGCAUAGUAUAUUUUGAGUUUAAUAGUAACCCCAUACUCUUUAUUAUGGGUUCUAAUUGUUAGCUCAUAACAGUGUUCUUUGCAUUUGGCGUCGGGUUUGUUUUUCUGGGGGGUUGGGUCUGUUUUGUGUUUCUGCUUUGGUACAGUACAUUGUAGUUGAGGCCCACAUAAAGAAUAGAUAUUUGGAUAAAUGCACAAGAUAUUGAUUGACAGUUACUUGUCAUUAUUGUAUUUUCAUGUGCACACCACUGGAAUUUUGAUCAUGUUUUAUAUUUUCCCUUUUUUGCCCUUUUCUCUAUGAGCAGGUGUUAAAAUUACCUAAGGGCCUGUGUUCACUAGGGUUUAUCCCUAUUUAUUCAUUGCAGCUGCUAGGUCAAUGUGGCAGUAGGCAUUCUGUCGUGAUACUUUAUGUGUCUGGCAUUGAGAAACUCAUCCACUUACUUGGAAAAGUUUGAACUUGGAAGUUAACCAUAUCAUUGUAUGGGGACACUGGUUGAUGUUACAUACCUAGGCAUUAUGUGUGGUGGUGGUGGGGGGGAUAGAUGAGGAAGUCUGAAAUGUGUUCUAUUAAACCAAAUUAAAAGCAUAAGUUAGAGGCUGCUUGGCCUCUUUUUCAGAUAAAAACUAACAAGGCUUUAGUAUAAGGAUGUCAAUUUCCGUUGUAUCUUUAACAGCUAAGCAUGGUAACCGGUCAUAAUAGUGGUUAUGUAGCCAGCAAAUAAAUGCUGUAUGUUUUGAGCAGAUUGAUUAACAGGAACACACAUUACUGUUUUGGCUUUUAGGUCAUCCUUUCUGCAAAUCAGCCCUGCACAUAGCUUGCAUUUUGUGUGCAAUAAGUUUCUUGAAGUGCCAGGAAGUAAAGUUAGGUCAUUAAAAGAGCCACUAACUGUUCUAGGAGGCAUUGCUGUGAUUUCUCAACCACAGUUUGGAGUCAGAGCACUUUUUCUUCAGGUGAAGAUUGUGACUAGUCUAUGAUCUAGAAAUAAAUUUUAAAAUGUGCAUUACAUACAGUGAGGGGAGAAAGUAUUUGAUCCCCUGCUAACUUUGCCCAUUUGCCCUUUGAUGAAGAAAUGACCAGUCCAUAAUUUUAAUGGUAGGUUUAUUGUAGUGUGGGACAGAACAACAACAAGAAAACUCCCAGAAACCCAGUCAGUCAGAGAUUGAUAUGCAUUAAAAUGAGUGAAAUAAGUAUUUGAUCCCUUUGCAAAAGAUGACUUAGUACUUGGUGGCAAAACCCUUGUUGGUAAUUACAGAGGUCAGACAUUUCUUGUAAGUGGCCACCAGGUUUGCACACAUUUCAGGAAGUAUUUUGUUCCACUCCUCUUUGCAGAUCCUCUCCAAGUCAGUAAGAUUUCGAGGCUGAUGUGUAGCUACUCAAACCUUCAGCUCCCUCUACAGAUUUUGAUGGGAUUAAGGUUUGGAGACUGGCUUGGCCACUCCAGGACCUUAAUGUGCUUCUUCUUGAGCCACUCCUUUGUUGCCUUGGCCAUGUGCUUUGGGUCAUUGUCAUGCUGGAGUACCCAUCCUCUACCCAUUUUCAGUACCCUGGCUGAGGGAAGGAUAUGCUCACCCAAGAUUUGACGAUACAUGGUCCUGUCCAUUGUCCCUUCAUUGCGGUGAAGGUGUCCUAUCCCCUUAGCAGAAAAACACUCCCAAAGCAUAAUAUGUCCCUGUCCAUGUUUGAUGGUGGGGAUGCUGUUCUUGGGGUUGUAGACAGCAUUCCUCCUCCAAACAUGGCGAGUUAAGUUGAUGCCAAAGUGCUUGAUUUUGGUCUCAUCUGACCACAACACUUUCAUCCACUUCUCCUCUGGGUCAUUCAGAUGUGCAUUGGCAAACUGCAGACGGGCCUGUACAUGUGCUGUCUUGAGCAAGGGGACCUUGCGGGCUCUGCAGGAUCUCAGUCCUUCACGGCGUAGUGUGUUACCAACUGUUUUCAUGGUGACUAUGGUCCCAGCUGCCCUGAGAUCAUUGACAGGUUCCCCCCGUGUAGUUCUGGGCUGCUUUAUCACCAUUCUCAUGAUCAUUGCAACUCCAUGAGAUGAGAUCUUGCAUGGAGCCCCAGACUGAGGGAGGUUGACAGUUGUUUUGUGUUUCUUCCAUUUGCGAAUUAUUGCACCAACUGUUGUCACCUCACCAAGCUGCUUGGCAAUAGUCCUGUAGCCCAAUCCAGCCUUGUACAGGUCAACAAUCUUGUCCCUGACAUCCUUGGACAGCUCUUUGAUCUUGGUCAUGGUGGCUACUUUGGAAUCUGCUGGAUUGAUUGCUUCUGUCGACAGGUGUCUUUUGUACAGGUACUGUAACGAGCUGGGAUUACAGGUAAGACCUCUCCCUUACAGCAGGUGUCUCUAAUCUCAGCUCCUUACAUACAGUGAAGAUACCAGGUAGCCUGACAUCUGGCUGGUUGAUAGGGGAUCAAAUACGUAUUUCACUUAUUAUAAUGCACAUCAAUCUCUGACUUGUCUUCUGGGUUUCUGGGGGUUUUCCUGUUGUUAUUCUGUCUCUCACAGCUACAAUAAACCUACCAUUAAAAUUAUGGACUGGUCAUUUUUUCGUCAGAGGGCAAAUGGGCAAAGUUAGCAGGGGAUCAAAUACUUUUACCCCUCACUGUAUUAUGGAGUUGAUUCUACAACCUCACAUAAUGCUGAUAUAAUCCAACUGGUUUCAUUAAUAAUGUCACUACAUAAAAUCUGUAACUGCUCCUGUUUUUUGUCACUUUUCUCCGUACUAAUUAAAGUGUAUGACUGAAUAAAACAUAUUUUGCUAUUAUCUGAGGACUUUCAUUGGAAUAAUCACACUUCUGUUAAAAAUGAAUGUAGCUUUUGCUUCCUGUAUUUUGCUUCCUGCAAUUGGCUCAAGUUUCAGUCCCUGGAUUGGAUUAAAUUCUUACUGUCCGUGGAUUUUGGCUUUGCAUUAGUGGAUUGGUAAUUGAUAUUCUCAAUUUUAAUAUCCAGAUGUAGCCAUAUGGCAUUCCGUAUUGUUUGAGACUGCCAUUAACACGAGCUUGACAGAAGAAAGAAGGGAAUGAAUAAUUUUGUGUAGAUGGCAGAUUUGGCACGGAAGAAAAAUCCUUAGUGCUGUCAACUUCUUUCCCCUUGCCCUCAGCAGGCAUAAUAGGAAGAGGAGAGUUUCUAGGAUAAUUGGUCAUUUUGAAAGUAUCAGUCAUUGUGAAAUGGCUAAAGACUGGUUACUUUUAAACCAAAUAGUUAAUUAUAUUUGGAGCCUAGAAUGGCAGUCAUUGCAAAUGCAAGUGACAGGGUCACUUCCCAGAAGGCUUCUAGGCAAAGGCAGAACUAAGAUGAUGACAAAGGGCAGAAGGAGGGAGGUUUCUGACACUGUAGAAUAAGUUCAGGCACUGAUGGUUUAUGAAAGGUUUUGUCCAGAAAAUGUGCAUUGUAAGGUAAAAUUUAAAGGCAUUGGUGAUAAAGAGCGGGAAGCUAUUCCAGUCAUAAGGAGUAGUAUGAUAAAUGCCAUGGAUGACAAAAGGGAGCUGAUACCAGAUGAGAAUAUGUAAAGGGGAGUGAAGGAGAAUGUCAGGGAUAAAAGAGGUAGAGAAUCUGAUAGUGUGUUUGGUUGAGAGGUACUGAUUCAAUAAGAGGAUGGUCUCCUCUCAGCAGUGUUUAUUUAUUUAUUUAAUAAAUUAAUAAAAUUCAUAUAUUGUUUGAUUGUAAAAACCAAAAGCAGUUUCCAAACUUUGGAUACAUGGUUUAUUAAAUGUUGGAGAAGAAUCCUACAGAGUUGAUGAGAAACAAUGCAUCUCUUAAAUAAAUAUUUAUUGUGUGUUUAGAUGCCUGCAUUUUAAAAUCUGGAUACUCUGGAAAAUGUUUGUAUCCAUUACUUCCAUGUUUUGUUUUGUUUUGCUUUGUAUUUGUUUUUUAAAAUAUAGCAGUGGGAGUCAUUCAUAUUGGGACUGAGGGACUGAGGAAUAAGAGUUAAUCCCACCCACAAUUUUUCUGGUUGACACUCCCCCUUGCUCCACUUCCAUUUGCCGUGUGGUAUACGCUUUGCUGUCUUGGGCAAAAAGCAGUUUUGGGAGGUAGAUUUUUAACUAGGAAAAGGGAGGGAAGGGUUAGAGCUCCUCUUCCUGCACCAUGGUCCAAUACAAAUUCCUCUCUGCAUGCACAGCUGCAUUCGCCAUUUUUAAAAAAUGGGAAGAUCUUAAUGUCAUUUAGUUGCAUCUUUAGUCUGUUUCCAUACCAGAGUGUUCUUUGCCAUCUUUAAGGCUGACUUAAUUUUAUUAUAUCAGGAAGAUACGUUAUCAAAUGUGCAGAUGGUGAAGGGGGCACACACACAUAUUUGCAUAAACAUGCACACUUUAUAUUUAUCACUUGCACAACUAUAGCAUUUAGAAAUUAAGGAAAUACUUUUAUCUUUCUGAGAACCUUUUGUGUGUUUAUCUGUAUUUCGUUUCUGUAUUUCAGUAUUCUGUAAUACUGUUUACCAUAUGGAUUUUACCAUAGUUUAACUUGGAAAAUAUGUGUUAUAUUUAUCUUCUUUACCUCACUCUCACCUUCCUGCCACAUAUCAAUAAAAUUGCCAAUUGGCACCAUCUUUUUAAAUUAUCUUAUAAGUAUUUGGGAAAAUGGUGUGUAUGUAGUGCUGAUAUACUAAUGGGAAAGGGUGUGGGAGGAAAUAAAUCCACUACAAAUUUUCUUCUUCAGUCCUAUUGCUUCUUGUUGUAUAUACUUGCUAGUAAGAAAAACAGGCUAACCUGAGGCAAGUGGAAGAGGUAACCUUUAUCAAAGAUCACACCCAUGAAUUGUUAUAAUUCAUAUGUAAAACUUCAUCUGAUACUCAUCUCUUACAUCUUUAAAAGUGAGUUAUGCUGAUAUGUUCUCUUACAAGUGAGAUGCAUUAAAAGACUGUUUCAUAUCUUUUCAUCUAAGAACAGGAAGGGAUUCUCUAUCUUAACAACUCUAAAGUUGUGGUUCAUCUAAGUGUGAGUUUUCAGGAGUCUUGAAGGCAUGAUUUACUUCACAGUUUGUAGUUUGGUAGACCUUGAAAGAGUGGUAUAUGCAUUCUCCACACAUUAAGGUAUAAAUGCAAGCUCUUGGCUUUUUAAGAAUGCUGAUUGACUGUGUUAUAAACAAAGUGAUCUGUGGCAAAAUUCUCAUUUUUCUGAUGAGGAUAUGCCUUAGCCCCACUCUCCUAUUAUACACAAGCAGGCUGUCACUUUUUAAUUCAGUAGUUCAGUUUUUUAGGAGUCAUUCUUGUUUGAGGGCAAAGGCAUCUCUCAGGUGAAGCUUAACGUUGGGCAAGAGCUGUUAAGCUGCCUGUCAAGAAGCCAGAGAGUGAUACCUUCCAAAACCUAAUUUUGUGUUCAGAGUGGUGUUUCUGAAUAUGUGAGUAGGUUCAAUACUUCUGGGUGUUGAAAUUGAGGAGUCUUUUGUGGCAAACUUUGAUACUCCCUACUUGAAACAAUAAAAAGUGUACUGAGCUUUAUGUAUACCCUAAUGAAAUAACAGUGUAGUGUAUAGGUUUGUUGUUUAGGUUGUCUUUAAAUUAGAAGCACAUUAGCGAGAGGUGAAAUGUAUAAGACUUAUUAGGUGACUUAACCUGUGUUUUGCCAUGACUGCUAAUUUGAGUAGAAUUGCCAAAAUUUAUGAAAAUCUGCUACAUAAGCUUUUCAUGAUUCUUUCACUAUCUUUUUGAAGUAUCAAAGAUACUUGCAUAAGAAAAAGGUCAUUUAGAAUGUUGACACAUAAGAGAAUGGUAAGGGAUGUGAGCUUUUGUGUAGUAAUGACAUUUUUCCCCCUGAGAAAAGAAUUUUAACUUUGUCUUCUAAUUACAAGUUAGCUGCUUCAAAGGCUCAUUUAAAUGGCCAGAAGUAAUUUUCAACGCAUUCCUGGAAUUACUUGUGUUUUUGUCCCUUUGGAUGCCUGUGGGAAUGCUAAAAUUAACUGAUCUUUCUUUUGCAGCCCUCCCCCCAAGUACACCUUUCUUCUUAUUGUUUGCCAUUACAGUAGGCCCACAAUGUACACACAUUUAACUUGUGUGCAUUCAGCUUUAUGUGUGUGUGGAUUUAUUUAUUUAUUUAAAAAAUCUUGGAAUGGGGGUGGUGUUCCAUGAAAAAUGACUUUGGCAAUUUCACCUGCCAAUGAACCCCAUGUGUUGAGGCCUUACUUUAUUGAAAGGUUGGGGGGACUGGGGAGGUGAUAAAUGUAAUGUUGUGUUUUAGAAACCUAGGAAGCUGAUAUAUACAGAGUCAAAACAUUAAUCCAUCUAGCUCAGUAUUGUCUACUUUGACUGGCAGUAGUCAAACAUCUUGCAGACAGGAGUCUUUCCCAGCGCUAUUGGAAGAUGCCAGGGGCUCAUUGUGAUACUUUUUGUAUGUGUUCUACUGCAUUGAGCCAUGCCUUUUGUCUUAAUAUUAUAGCAGAUCCAAAUGUUUGCUGCAUAGUGUUUUAAAAGCAGACUAAGAAGAACUUCAUAUAUAUGAGAGAUACCAGUAGUGUGAGCUGUUUUUAUUUAAGACUUUUAACAUAAACCUCAACCUGCAAUGGCUCCAUUCCAAACACACCUCUUCACAAGUUUCAUUAUAUUAAUGAUUUGAUAUAAAAUUCUGACCUUAUUUUUCUGAGCUAUUUGCAUGUGAAUAGAAUAUUGCAAUGGCAUAUUUUGCUGCAUCUCCUUGAGCAUAAAAAGCACAUGUUUAAAGUUCAUGAAAAAGUAUACUCUGUCAGGAUGGUUAGUACUCUAUAAAUACAUCUCUUGCCCACCUAGCAGUUCAAAAGCACGUUCAAGUGCAAGUAGCGUUUGUAUACUUUUGGACUGGACUCAGUACUAUGUUUUGAUUUGCUAAGUUGAUUUGCAAAAUUUUAUCAGGUGAUAGCUUGUUCUGUGAGAGGAUGACAAGCUUUCUCCCUGUAUGCAGCUCUCAAGAUUUUGCAAGUAAUGUAAUUGGUAAGAGUGUGAGCUGAAAAUAUACCUGUUCAUUGAUGAGGUGAUACUUGACUUCACUAAGUGGCUUCAGUUAAGCAACCAUCUGCCUUAGCCCCUCACAUCUGUAUAUUGUUGUUGUUGGUAUCCAUCAGUCUUGAGAGACAAUGGAGUGUGCCUCCAGGGGUGAAGUCUAACUGCAGUGUUAGGUGUACUGAAGUGACCUCCCAAGGGCACAAACCUGGGCAGUAUGUAUGGAGGUCCUGGGCUGCCCAGACAACUAGACACCCCCCCGCCCGCUCGGUCUCACCAAAGGAAAGCAGAGCAAUAUGUUUGGCACCAGCUUGACUGUAGGAGUUGCCAGAAGGAGGUGUACAAGGUGCCAUCCAACCGUCUUAGAGAUUCCACUCUGGAGAGUAGCCGAUGGGUCUCAAACCCUCAGUGAAUUACAACUUCCCCUGCAUGCAAAGACAGGCUGCGGCAGAUUGAGUGGAUGAGACCAGUAAAGAAGGCGGUUUCUGCAGGUCCUGUAGAGGAAAGUAAGGGGAAGAUGGGGAUCAUCAGCUUGGGAAUGUAGCCCAUCUUGGAGGAGGAAAUCUCUGAUGCUAAAUCUCUGCUGCCUUGCAGUACAUUUUUGGGAGAAGAAAAGGCUAAGAAGUAAACCCUACCAUUGGUUGUCAAACUUAAUCUGUUUCAGGAGUCACUUUGACUCCUGGAACAGUUCGAAAACCAAGGCGCUGCUUCUGAUUGGCUGCAGGAGCUUCUUGCACUCAAUUGGAAGGUGUGUUGGACGUUCGGCUUCCAAAAAACGUUUGCAAACUCAAACACCCACUUCCGGGUUUGCGGCGUUCGGGAGCCAAAACGUCCAAGUACCAAGACGUUUGACAACCAAGGUACGACUGUAUAAUACUGGAUUGUUAUUAAAUACUGAUACAUUAAAAUAAUUUUCAGUGUCGGCUCCUUGUUGCAGUUGGGCUCCUUGUUGCAGUUGGGGCUUAGAGGUGAGUCCUGAAUCUGGCCAAUUGAAGACUAUUGUUUUAAUGAUGGCAUGAUGAAGAGAUACGAAUUGAUAACUGCUGACCAGAGGUGCUUGAUCAAAGAUCAGCCAUUUGUUUAAUGUUUAUUUUUUUUUUUCGCAAGUAAAUUUUUAUUCAGAAUUUGUAUAAAGAAAAGAAAAAAGAACUAACAAAUACAAAAAUAAACAUUUUAACAUAAAUUAUUCAUCCUAUUUUCAUACUAUACACAAAGAAAGCAUACGUUCAUACAAAAAUAAUAAUAUAACCAUUAGGCUCUCCUUAGCCUUUGACUUCCCUUCACCCUUUUGGUAAGUAUCAAAUAAGUCCCGGGUUGCGUAAUUAGUUUAUUAAAGUUUAUAGUUAUUAGCUGAUAAAGUUUUUCUAAUACCGCCAGCUCCUCCUAUAUAUCCGUUCCAAUAUAUUUCCAAAACUUACUCCAAUUUUUUGAAAUUUCUGGUCGUCUUGGUCUCAUAUUCUGCCUGUUAAUCUAUCUAGCUCGGCAUAGUUGAUCAUUUUGACCUGCCAGUCACUUAUGUUAGGAAUAGUUUCUAUUUUCCAGUUUUGUGCCAGCAUAAUUCUUGCGGCUGUGGUGGCAUAGAGAAAUAUUUUUUAUCUUCAUUUUUAUUUCCUUACCCAUUAUUCCCAGCAAAAGGCCUCAGGUCUCUUGGGAAAAGUGUAUUUAAAAACUUUUUAAGUUCAUUAUAAAUUGCUUCCCAAAAACCUUCACCUUGCUGCAUUGCCACCACAUAUGGUAGAGGUCUCCCUCCCCUUCACCACAUUUCCAGCAUGUCUUAUUUUCUGAUCUAUAGAUUUUAGCCAAUUUUGCCGGCGUAAGAUACCAUCUAUAGAGCAUUUUCCAUAGAGCUCUAUAGAUGGAAAAUGCUCAUUUGUUUAAUGUUUAUAGGUAAUCAUGCAGUCCUAGGUUUUAUGUGCAGGUUAUUAAGUCCUAUGUUUAUUAUGGCUGGCACAUAGCCUGACCAAUCAGUAUGUUUAAAUCUUAUCGUUUCUAGCUGGUCCCAGUUGCUUUUGAAAACUUGGUAGAUUGUGUUAACUCCCACCUUUCAACAACAGACUUAGCUGUUACUUUCACAAAUCACUUGAACUAAUGACAGCAGUUCUGCAUGAGGUGGCAAUUGGUGUUCUUAUUUAAACACUUUUAAUUUGGAUGCCACUGCCUUGUUUUUAAGUUUUAUGAAAAAGCCUAAAUCCUAGCACAUAUUAACCAAUAUUUUAAGUUUGUUGCUGUCACAACUAUAUCUUUUCGGAAAGGAGUGUAAUAUAAUAAUAAUAAUUUAUUAUUUAUACCCCGCCCAUCUGGCUGGGUUUCCCCAGCCACUCUAAAUUUAAUACACACUAUUGCUUCAAAGAUUUCAGUUUGAUCAUAAGUUUCAUCUUCCCUUGACUUACACAAAUUCUCUUAACAAAUAAGCAAGUCUACAAAUACAGUGUUCGAAAUUUGCCAGGCACAUUUUACAACUUACUAUUUGCCACUUGCAACCACUUGAAGAUGCCCAUGUGCUAGGAUGGCAUCUGACGUUUUCACCACCUGGAGGUGUAUGUCUGGAGAUCCUUGGAUCUUGACUGUUUUCACACACUAGCAACACAUCCUGUAGAAUUCUAUCCAUUGUAUUUUAUCUGCACAAUCAGAAUGAAUUUCGGAAACCAAAAAGUUGUAUUGAAAAAUAUGACUUUCAAGCCGCCUUGCCCCCAAAUGGCAACUAGGCAUUCGAUUUUGGCGACCAUUUGGUGACUGGCUUAAGGAGCCAUUCGGUAUCUAGCUUAUAUAUCUGUGUUUCUACAUACUGAUGCUUGGUUGAGAUCCUACAAGAAAGAAAUGGCUGGCAGGGUUGGGAGCCCAAAGGAGCCCAACAGGCUUAAAAGUUAUACAGGAAUCCAGCAGCUGCAAAACUGCAGUAUCAAGGGUGGCACCACUGACUCAUGAAGAUGGGUAGAGUUUGACAAGUGCAUGGUUCUGUAACCUUGCAUUUGGCAGAAACAAUAGGUUUGGUCUAUGAUGUAGUAUCCUGCGGCAAACAGUGGAAUAGGAAUUUUACCUUCCUUAGGUAACUGACAAAAUGAACCAUGAGCCAUAAUUGGUGAUUGUCAAACACUAGCUAGAGUGUUUAGGAGGAUACAGUUUUAUGUUUAAUGCAAAUGUAUUGAAAUUAGAAACUCUGUUCAUCUUAGGACACACAAUUAAUUUUACAUUAAUAACCAAAUUGCUCUCUUUCAGUUUUGUACCUGUCUGAAUUGCACUUAACCCAAUGUUGUAAUCUUGUUUUGAACAUUUGCUUCUGAAAGAUGCAUGGCAUCUACUCAGGAUUUGUGUAGCCCAAGUGAGUGUGAGCCUGUAAUGAGAAGUCAGUCAGUCUCUUGAGCAUGGAACCCUUUGAGUUCUGAAAGGCAAUAAUAUCUAGCACUAGGAUUUCACCCAGCCUCAAGUAGCUAAUGCAGGAGAAAAUGCCGUACUAGGCAGUGCAUUGCAUAUCUAGAUGCUUUGCAACUUUAUCAACCUCCCUGUAGUCAGCAAUUCCUUCAUAUUAUACAAGAGAGGUGGGGGGCAGGUGGAGAGUAAUGAUUAUCUUGCGGUGGUGUUGCUCUGUCUCCCCUAACUGCAGACAUGCAGCCUACGACAGAUUACUAUCAAGGGAAUGCAGCCCUUAACAGUAAAAAGAUUCCCUCAUCCCUGAUAAUAAACACUUCUGAAAUGAUGAUUGCAUAUAAUGGUUCUGUCUAGUAGAGAGAUCUUUGUGCUAGAAGAUGAACCUUUAGUAACAGGGUUUCUUGGAAUCGUAGUGAAGGUGUAGGUCUAGGAGCAUAGUGCAAUGUCUGUAAUAGGAGCAUUUAGCAUUGUGCUCUGGAUCAAAAUUUGAAGGCUGCUUUCUGCUCCAAGAAUUCAUGGAUGCCAGUUAGGGAAGAAUUACAUAUUAUGUAGUAUAUUACAGUGCUAGAACGCCAGUCAAAAUAUAGUUGCCCCAAAUGCAGCAGUCAGAAAUAAGAGAAGUUACUAGCUUUUCAUAGAAGCAUCAUGAGAUUUCUUGUUUGGGGUGACUUGACUAGGCAGAUGUUUUUAAACUGUGAUUGCCAACCUGGCACCCAGAAAUCUCCACGUAGUCACAGUUGGACCCAUACCAGUAGCAAAACACACCUGACCCCUGGGGAAUUUAGAACACUGGUUGGUCCCAACUAGAAAUGGGAAUAGUGGUACAAGGGUGAUAAUUGCUGAGCUGGCCUAGAAGAUCCAUUGCCCCUCCAGCUCCCAGGAAUUGGAGAGGCAGCAGGUCUUCACAACUGAGCACUGGGAAGAAGUUUAGUUUAAAUCAGGAAAUGGUUGUUUCCAUCUCUGUUACUAGGGGGUGAGGGAAGAGCCAGGUUUUGGGUUGUGUUCAAUGUUAGCCCUGCUAAAAGUUGACCUGUUGGAAUAUUGGUGCAUUAAUGUAUUUCAAGUUGUUAACCAAAGAAGAAAUGUCAUUAGCCUGGUUACUUGGAAGAGAUAAGGAACAGAGAAAAGAUACAUACAAGCAUCUUAAAAACUGCUGUGUUACUUUGGCCUGUAUAAGGUAGGAUUCUUAAGUUCUGUGUGAGGAUUUCCUUGAGUUUUAAGUAGCUCUGAACCUUUAGAGUAGGUGUGGUGAGCCUGUGACCCUUUAUGCUGUUGGACUCUUUAAUUUCCAUCUGCUUGAGCCAGUUCAUAGGAAUGACUGUAUUGUUCAGCACCUGGAGGGCCACAGGUUCCCCUACCCCUGCCUUAGGAAAGAACCACAAUGGUUAUCCUUUUAUAUGGAGAAAGCUAUAUAGAACACCCCCUCACGUGCACAUGUUAAGCAUGUUAGCCUGUGAUUUUGUGGUGCAGACUGUGACUAGAACAGUAUGAAUCGGUUGGACCAGGAUGAUAUUGUUAGCUCUGCUAUGUAAGGAAGCAAGCAGGAUUUUGCACACACUGACCAGUACUUGGUUCUAAUGCCAUCACUGUAGACAAAUGGAUUUUAUUGUUAUAGGUAUUUUUAAAAAUAUUGCUUUUCCAAGCAAAGCCCAUAAAAGACACUUACAGCAAUAAAAAGUACAAGUAUUUUUAAAAUCCAUUAUUAGGAAAACCAAGAAUAAGACAGAUUCACAAGAAUUAAACACUCAGAACUGCAGUAGUGUAACAGUGUACCAUCACUCAUUUGGUGACUGGGACAAAAUGUUUCCUGGGGAAAGCCAAUCAACUAAAAUGUCUAAGACCUUCAGAAAAGCCUGACAUGUACCUACACGCUAUAUCUCUACUGGGAGGGAGAUCUAAAGAUGUGGUCAUCCAUCUCAGAGAAGUUGGAUGUGGAUACACCAAGAAUACCUCUGAUGCAGAUCUCACUGCAUGAAAAGGAUGGUACAGAUGUAGGCAGUCAUCUAGUAGUUCAGUCCCAAAUCAUUAGGGCUUUAAUGUUAACACCAGCAGCUCAGUUUGAGCACUGGUAUCCAGUGUAGCUGGUAUAUUACAGUGGACUGCCAUAUACCUAUCAGGACUUUUGUAGUGCAUUUUGAACCUCCUGAAGUUUCAAGACAGUCAUUAACAGUAGUCCCACAGAGUACAUUACAGUUGUCUAUCUGGAGCAUGGAUCCCUCCUCCCUUAGAAGGGGCUGCAUUUAACAUACCAGCCAAAAGUGAUAAAACAUACUCCUAGCCACUGAUGUUACCUGGGCUUCCCCAGUCAGUGCCAAAUCCUAGAGCACUCCCAAACUGUAGUAUUUUAGAGGGAGUGCUACCCCAUCUAUCAUCAGUUGUAGCCUAGUUGUAGUCCUUCCAUAGUGAGGGAAUCUCCCACUCCAACAAUCACCUCUGUCUUGUCUCAGUUUAACCUCAGCUUGUUUGCCCCUAUCCAUUUGAGAACCAUCUGGGCACUAGUUUAGAAUUACAGCAGCCCUAGCUGACAUUAGGAUAUGGAAAAGAAAGGUAACACUGCAUGCCAUAAGCAUACAGAUGUCAUUGUAGCCUAAUUUUUUGAAGCAUGGAGCAUAAUAUAGAGCCUUGUGGUACCCAAUAAACUAGAGACUAGUAGUAUUUGUCCAGUGUCAGAGGAUCUAAAUUAGGCUUAUUAAGAUAAUAAGUUAGGCUUAUUAAGAUAUCAGGAACCACUCCUUUCCUCAACAAGGCAAUAACAUCCUGAAAUUCAGACAUCCAACCUCUUCCUGGUUGUUUAAACCAGACAAGAUGGACAAGGAUCGAAUUAACAGGUGGGUGGCACUGACCUGGUCUAAACCAUAGAGCCUAGGGCUUGCCGAUCAAAAGGUCGGUGGUUCGACAGGGUGAGCUCCCGUUGUUUGGUUCCAGCUCCUGCCCACCUAGCAGUUCAAAAGCACGUCCAAGUGCAGGUACAUAAAUAGGUACUGCUCCAGCGGGAAGGUAAACAGUGUUUCAGUGUGCUGCUCUGAUUUGCCAGAAGCAGCUUAGUCAUGCUGGCCACAUGACCCGGAAAACCUGUCUGCGGACAAACGCCAGCUCCCUCGGCCUACAGAGCAAGAUGAGUGCGCAACCCCAGAGUCGUCCUCAACUGGACCUAACGGUCUGGGGUACCUUUACCUUUUAGGCCUCAUUGCUCCAAACAGCUCAUUCUCAGGUAAGAUGAGUUGAAAGGUAUCCAUCACACUACAAAAUCACUUAGUACACUUUUGAAUCAGGUAAGAAAAUAUGGAAAAAGAACUCCAGGUGUUAGAAAUGUUUAUUGUAGACUAAAUGUGUUAUGGAAAAUUCCUUGUAAAUAUACACUGAUUAUUUGGCUGUAUCCUCAGAAAAGUUGCACUGUAAACAGGGCUCACUGAGGAAAUAGAUUUCCUCUCUUUGUUGUGAAUACACAGGUAAAUAAUUUUUUCCUUCAUUAUUUUUCUGGUUUUUGUUUUGACCUUUCUUUUCAGGUUUUAUAAUCUACUACCUAUUUAUUAGGGAUGCAGGUGGCGCUGUGGGUUAAACCACAGAGCCUAGGGCUUGCUGAUCAGAAGGUCGGCGGUUCAAAUCCCCGUGACGGGGUGAGCUCCCGUUGCUCGGUCCCUGCUCCUGCCAACCUAGCAGUUCAAAAGCACGUCAAGGUGCAAGUAGAUAAAUAGGUACUGCUUCGGCGGGAAGGUAAACAGCGUUUCCAUGUGCUGCUCUGGUUCGUCAGAAGUGGCUUAGUCAUGCUGGCCACAUGACCUGGAAGCUGUACGCCGGCUCCCUUGGCCAAUAAAGCGAGAUGAGCUCCACAACCCCAGAGCCGGCCACGACUGGACCUAAUGGUCAGGGGUCCCUUUACCUAUUCAUUUAGGUUGAGGAACUUUUAUGCCAGCAAAGGGGUGAAAAUUCUAUUGUGAUUCCACAGGGAUUGUAUCUGGCAAAAUAUUUUUUCUUUAGAAUUCUGCUUUAUUAGUAACAGUUCCCUGCAUAGAGUCUGUUCAAGUGGACAUUAAAAGUUGCAGUUUGGCUGUUUCUUGUGACAGAACUUACUGCAAUAUAUAUACUUUUUAUGUGAGAAUUGUUAAAAACAAUUCAUUUACUUUAUUUGGUUGCACGCUGCUAAUCAUAAAAUUUCUGCUUUGGUAUAGUUUUAUUUAGGUUAUAUUUUGAGUCUGACCAAUCAGAUUUUGUGGGUUUCAAAUAAUUUUGGGGAGUGUCGGUGGGUCUUGUUCAUUUGGGAUCCCUUUUAUAUUCUGCUUGUUAUUUUAUUAAUAUAUCAUGUAAUUACAUUUAAAUCUUUUCAUAGUAAAACUUUACCAUAAACGCAUCAUUCUAUAGGUUUAAUAUACAUUUAUAAGAACACACUAUAUUUUCUUAUAUUUCAUGUUAUUAGCCCUUAUCCUAUGUAUGCUGUACAUUGGACUUGAAGAAGGAAUUUUCUGAACUGCAUUACAACUAUAAUAAGCUACAUUUCUUGCACUUGGAGGCCCCCGCCACUUAUCUUGCCUUUCAGCGGUGCAAUCCUAAUUUUGUGGUGGCUUUACUGCACUGCUAAAUCAUUCAGUCAUUCCUAAUCAAAAUAUUGAUUCACCUAGAAAUCUUUCAAGUAUAUAUAUAUGAACACGAAAACGCUUUAACUUUUUCAGAGCACAAUAAGCCAAUGAUUUUUAAACAUCAUUUCCUAGGCGAUUAGAGCCAUCUUAAGAGAGAGAGUGUGUGUAUAAAAUACACAAAGGCUUUCUGCAUCACAGGAAAGCAAGCAGUUGGAAACGCCUGCUCUAAACAGGAAGUGACUUACACAGUUUGCCAGAUGUGAGACGACAAGCUGCAAAGUCUUUGUUACCUUUCUAAUUUGUGUUUUGGUUGAAAGGAGGGGAGGGGAACUUCUCUAACUUUUUGAAUAUUGUAUUUUUACAUGGGCAGCUGUAUUUGUCACAUCAUAUUUGCCCCGUAAAGAUACCUCUCGUGCAUUUGAGAACAUUGCCAGUUGAUUUAGGCAACGUAGAGCUAUAUAGAACAAUGGUCUAACCCUUUAUAAGACAUAUUCAUGUAAAUAGUUAGGAAUUUAUGUGAACUAUGCCAUCCCAGUUGCUCAGGAUGGGUAAUGAAAGCAGCACCCCAACAGAAUGAAUCAGAAGAAGAAAAAUUCUUUACCUUUCCCCAUUCAAACAGUCUUUGCCAUCUCAAUAUCCCCCAACCAUUGUAUCACUACAGACCUAUCUCUGGCAUGAAAAGGAUGUAGAAAGUCCCAAAGAAAUCAAAGGAAUCUUGCUUCCAUGUCAUGACACCCUUUUUAACUGCAGCCAGCAUCAAUUCUGACGAUGACUGGAAAUUAAUCUUCAACCAUAAGAACAAAGUCAAUUGUACAGAGUUUACAGAGGCGUAUGUGAAAGAAAUGCAAUGGGUUGUAUUUAUUGUAAGUCCUACUCAAAGUAGACCAUUGAAGUUAAUAGACAUGACUAGCUAAGGCACAUAAAUUUUGAUGGAUCUACUCUUUGGUAUAAUUUUGUUGGAUACAAAACAAUACCCCCCCCCCAAAAAAGUUGCAUUUGAAUUCCUAAUGUUGUUAAUGGCUGACUGAUCUAUUGCAAUAUAUGUUUGACAGGAAGAACUUUCUGACAAUAAGAGCUCUUUGACAGUAGAACAGACUCCCUCGGGAGGUAAUGGACUCUCUUUCUUGGAGGUUUUUAAGUAGAGGUUGGGUGGCGAUCUGUCUUGGAUGCUUUAGUUGAGAUUCCUGCAUUGCAGGGGAUGGAUUUGAUGACCCCAGGGGUUCCUUCUAACCCCAAAGACCAGUCCAAACAUAAUAGCAUUGACCUGUUGAUAAAUUGAACUAAUUAGUUAGUUGACAUUUUCCAUUUACAGCUGUACCUUGGUUCUCAAACGCCUUGGUUCCCAAACACCGAAAACCCGGAGGUAAGUGUUCCAGUUUUCAAACAUUUUUCGGAAGCCAAACAUCCGAUGCGGCUGUUGGCUAUUGGUGUUUUAGGGGUUGUUUUUAAAAGUCUGGAACGGAUUAAUCUGUUUUGCAUUACUUUCUAUGGGAAAGCGCGCCUUGGUUUUGGAAUGCUUUGGUUUUGGAAUGGACUUCUGGAACGGAAUAAGUCUGAGAACCAAGGUACCACUGUAUUUCAAGGGAAAUGCAUUUUUCCACUUCUUUCUCAAGCCUACUCGUCUCAUACACAAUUAAAGUGGCAGUGACCAUGUUCGCACAUAAUGCUAAACCAUGUUUAGUGCUCUGUGGCUAAGCCUCCAUGAGCCUGAGUGAAGUGUCAGGCUGACUGAUACCAUCUCCUCCUGAUUGGCUGGGACUGAGAAGAAUUCUGCCAAGUUUAUUUGCAUUUGAAGGUGUUAACUGGUCAUCCUUGUUUUUAACAAAAGCGCUUGCUGAAUCUUCAAACCAUGGCUUAUAAAGCUAUGCUGGAUUUUGCUUUUUUAAAAUUUGUAAUCUCAAAUGGUGUUGGAAAACUGAAUAUUUUUUUUGUACUUCUACCCAGAUUGCUUGCACAAUCACUGAGAACACUUACAUAAAAUGUUCAGAGUUAGCAAUCAUUUUCUUAAUGGGUGUAGCAGGAAUUACAAGUGGACUCAUCACAUUAUCAAAGUGAGAUGAUGUUGCAUGAAGAGACCCCUGCUAGUUUCCAGUUACAGAUGCUUGUCAUAUUCAGAUUGAUUAGGCAUUGUUCCAAAUUGUAUACUGUAUUUCUUAGCAUGUUGCACUGUGCUAAGAAAAGUUAGUUUGGCUUUUUAUUGUCCCUUGGACAAAUUAAUUUUGUGGGUUAACUUCCCCAGUGGCUAAAUACGUGUUUCCUACUGGAGAUCUAAGCUUAACUUAGCAUUGAUUUUCCUUGUUAUAAAAUGGUUAGCAUGACUACAGCAUUCAUAAACAUUAUUAAUUUCAUUAAGGUAAUCAAAAAUAGAUAACAAAAAUAGGAUUGACAACAUUUUGUCCAGUAAUUUUAAUCACUAUCCCCACCAUAAAUGAAUAUACCGGUAUGUGCCUCUCCGUUUUCAUCUUCUCCAGGAGUAUAUUAUUUCUGGAGUAAGUAAAAGAAAGAAAGCUGGCUAACCAUGGUUGUUGUAACUAAGACCAUCAAUUCAUGCACAAUGCUAAUUUAAGAUUCUUUGAAAGUGAAACUAAACUUGGCAGAAGUUCUGCCCAUGUGAGCUCAGCUCCACUUUGAUUAGAAUCAAGGAGGCUCCUCUAUGUAAUGCUAAACUGUGGUUUAGUUAACAUGCUAAUUGGGAUAGUAUACUAGCCUAAUCUCUUAAAAUGUCAGGUUAAUUAUGAUGUAUCUAUAAUGCAAGCUGCCCUUACAGGAUUCAAAGCAAGUUAAAGUAUGCCACCUCUUAACAUGCUGUAAUAGCCUCUAUUAAGUUAAAUAGAGGCUCCUCACAUAAGACAGCUGGUAAAUAAACAUGUCAGAAUUUUCAGGCAUCAGCUGUAUGAAAGAUCUCCCCUCUACAGUUUAACUGUUGCCUCAAAUUGUGUCCUUUGUUCCUGUGUUCUUUUGUGUUUGCAUGUUCUGCAUAGGGAUGGUGGAUAAAUUAGUUCAGUCUGCAUUUUAAAGUGAACUGACCUCAUUCAUCAACCCUGGGUUUAUAUGUAUCGGAAAUAAUUUAUAAGUUGGAUUGUUAACUUCCCUGAACGUUUUGCAGUGCUCCUUUGAUUUUUAAAUAUGUACUGUGGGGGCAUACAAAAAUACAUUUUUGUGCAGGAAAUUAUAGCCUCAAAACUGAGCUCAAUAUACCUUAAAAUGACAACCUCAGUUUAAAAGUCAGCUUUAAACUCUUUGUGUCCAGCUCUCACUUCCAAAUCUCACCCCCCCCCCAUAUCUACUGUGGUUGUAUGUAGAACAUAGAGUGUCUCAAGACAGUCGUCUAAACGUGGCAGUACACAAUUUUCUGCACUCUGGUAAUCCCAAUGGCAUUGAGUGCACAUCAUUUUGUCCUUGUGGGUGGAGAGCACAUGUUUUCCAGUAGCAGCAAUUUCCUAGAUCGAAUCUUGAUCCAUUGUGAGCACAACCGUUUGUAGGUUAGCAUUUCUAAACCUUAAAACAGCCCAAAAUCUUAUGUUGGAUGCUUGGUACUAUUCCCUCUGGAAUAGAGCCAUAAUGGAAAAAAUUAUGCACAGUUUGAGAUUUUGACAAGACUAAAAUCUCCAGACACUUUUUAUGUGAUUUGGCAUUAUUUUAUAACAUAUACAGCAGAACCCUCAUUUUCAAGACAACCCUUGUCACAAACCUGGCAAAUAUGGAACUAUACUUGAUAAUCUGAUAACGAAAGUCUUUACUUGGACUUUAUUGUUUUAAUCCAUGUGCAACUGUACUCAUUAUAUGUGCCUGUUUCAUUGGUUUUUUAUCUUUUAAUUUUCACCUGUUAUAACUGUUCUCUGUGUUUUAUAUACAUUAUAAAAUGAAAUUAAAAAAUACAAAAACUAUGUUUAUAAACCUUAACUGACAUAAUCAUUAAUAGAAAUGCUUCUUUUAAGUGUCCCUUAAGGAAACAGCAAAGUGAAAUGACUGUGUGGAUGUUUAAUCCUGAAACAUGCAGAGUAGAGAGCAAGAGCUUGAUAAUUAGUGUCAUAUGUGUGUGUCAUUAGGCUGGAUCACAUGUUACUUUAAUCCACAGUUAAGCUUAACUAUGGGUGCAUGGAGUACAGCGGUAACAGCUUUGCUCCUCUUGGUCCUGCCAUGAGCUAAGCUAUGGUUUGGCUCACUGUUUGAAAUGCACCAGGUGCAUUUUGCUACUGACGUGGGUCCAGUUGCGACCACAUGGAGAUCUCUGGAUGCCAGGUUGGCGACUGAUAUCUCCAUCUGGCUGGCCCCAUCAGCUUUCUUAAACAGGUAAGCAAAAGAACUUAUUUAUUGCAUUUAUACCCCACCUUUUCCAUCAAGGAGUACAUAGUUCAACCCCCUCCUUAACAACAACCUUAUGAGGUAGUUUAAGAGGCUGUGACUGGCCCAAGGCUACCCAGUGAGCUUCAUGACUGAGUGGGGAUUUGAACCCUGAUCUCUCCCAGGUCCCAAGUCUGACACUAACCACUAUAGCACACUGGAUUCCUAGAGUACUUUUGCUGUGGGGCAGCUAUAUAAAUAAAGUAGGUAAAUAAAUAUGGGGAAAGCAAAAUGUCACUUAGAGAAGAAUCUGAAAUAUUUUCUUGAAGCUUGAAUUUGUUUUAUGCUGGAUUGUUUUAUUUGUUGUUUUAAUGUAUUCUAACCUUUAAGUUUUUUUCUUUAAAUUAUAAAGUGGUAUAGUAAUGAAAUUAACAACGACAGCAACAAACUCGGGGCGGCGGUGUCGAUCGUUACCCAGAUUUAAGGAGUCAUUUGUCAAUUAGCUUAUAUUUUUGAGUUUCUAACACUGGUUUGGCUUAGUGUUACAUCCGAACAAGGAUUCAUGGUUUGGCUUCCUAAAACCGCAAGCAGUAAGGAAAGAACAAACCUUGAUUCUAGAUUGUGGUUUGUUUGGAUAGAGAAAAAGCAAACAUGGCGUAGUAGUUCCUAGUGCACAUGUACCAGCAUGUUGUAUAUUUACCUUUAAGCCAUAGUGAAGCUAACUGUGGUUUAAAGUGAUGUGUACACCAGGCCAUUUUGUUGUCCUGCAGAGCUGCUAAAAAUAGAUAAUUGUAUGUUUUGUGCCUGCACAUGCAGUGCUAGGACUCUAUCUGGUACAGAAUUCAUAUUCCUGAGAAUCUGCUUCGAUUAGAAAAACAGAGACUUCUCUCUCUUUUCAGCCAUUAGUCGGGAAACUUGAAUACCAAAGGGAGAAGUCUAAAGUUGGAAUAGCUCCAUUUCCUUUGUCAUCAUCCUAGUUCCUUCUUCUCCAUUCCAUUUUCAUUGCACGUGUUUCACCCUUACCCUGUAAUAAGCUUUUCCUGGCCAAUAUAAUUGAAAUUCUGUGAUUUUUUUAAAUUUUAAUUAUGCUCUUUCCUGCAUGACAUGAAUCUUUUAGGGUAGGAUAGAGAUUGGUAAAUUAUUUAGUUGAAUGUCGUGUAUAUGUUUAUAUAAUUUGGGAUUCACAGAUUUGGUUUCUUUAGUAUGAAAUGCAUUUAUCUGGGGGAGAGGAAACAGCAUACUUAGCCUUAACUGUAAAGAUCUCGAUGUAGCACAGGUUUUUUUGUGGUUAUAGUGAGGUUCCCCCUGUUGAAUAUUUCCAAAAGUAAGAUCCGGAGCAGAAACACAGAACCUCUGCCCUGAGAGUGGGAAGGAAGCCUUUUUCACUAGCUUUGCAGUAAGGAUACUAUAGAAACCAAAUCCACUUGCACUGUCUUGCUUUUCUGCUCUAUCCUCCCAUGCAUGUUUUUCCAGACACAGAAAAUGUGGUAUGAGUGCUUCACUCAGGAAGCACUUGGUGCUCCUUCUACUCCCUCCCUCCAACUUCAGAGCUUAGAAGGUAAAGUUGGAGGGAGCUACCCAACCUUACCCCCUUUGGGCUAAUUGUCACCAGAGCACUUUGCCAUCUUUCUCCCUCUGGCUGUGACUCUGACACUGAUGAGAUGAGGCAGCGGCCAGACACCUCCGUGCUCCACCAUGUUUCCUAGCUCUGAAAUACUUCAGUGUGUACAGGCAGCUUCCAGCUUCUGCAUCUUCUCUCUGCCAGAAGCACAGAGAGGAUGGCUAGAGCUAUGCACAAGGUUGCAUCGUCUUUACAGCCUUGCAUCUAUAGUUUUAAACCAGGCAUGUCCAAAGUCCGCUUUGGGGGCCUAAUAUCUGACCCACUGAUCAAUUUAAUCUGGCCCCUGUCGCAGCAUAUGUCCUGGGGCAAAAUCCUAAAAAAAAGCUCAACAACUACUUUGGCUCGGCCCUCACGCAUGUUCACUUCAUCAAAUAUGGCCCUCUUUGAAAAAAGUUUGGGCACCCCUGGCUUUAAAGGCAGGCAGGAAGAGUGAAACUCAUUGUGUAGCUUUCUGUGGUUGUUUUUUAUACAAGGCUGUAUUCUGAGGCAGACUUGGAGUGUGCUUUUCUUUCUCCCAGGAAAUAGAGAGAGACUUAUCUUAACACAUCUUUUUAUUGUCUGAUCUUGAGAUGUAUGUGGGCAGAUGCUUAAACACCACAGGUGACCAGGCAAAUGGCUAUUUGCAAGUCAAGUUUACUUGCUGUAAGUGUGUGUGCUCUGGUCCAUGCGGUCACGAAGAGUCCUAAACGACUAAACAACAACAACAACUUUGCUUUUUCCCAAGGCUUUGAUAGAAUGUGAUGAUGAUGUUUUGAUCUUAGUGUGCUGCCAAAGCUGUUAAGCUGGAAGUGGGUUGGUUGUUUUGUGGUGUGUGUUUAUGGAUUGCAUGUGCUUUUGUGUGAAUUUGUUGAUACGAUAAUGUAUUUUUACGUAUUUUUAAUGGUUUGUAGCAAACUAAGCUCUACUCAGAGUAGACUCGUUGAAAAAAAUGACCCUUAGUCAUGUGCAUCAAUUUCAGUGUGUCUUGUCUGGGUAUAGCAUUAGAUAACAAGCCUGUGUUUUAAAAUAUGUAGGAAGUGAUUUGGAGACCUUGCAUAACAAGCAACUAAUAAGUCAUCACUACUACUGCUACUAUUAAAUUAAAUCUUGUCCUUACAGCAGCUGUGAAUUCAAUCCUUAUAACAAACCUGUGAAAGAAGCCUUUAUUUUAGUCUUUCUGAGUGGCCAACUGACUAGCACCACUAAGCCUCUUGUCUCUUGUCAGCCUUGCCUCUCUUCUCUUCUUUAGGAGGAAAUUUAGAUUGCAAAGGGCCUGUGGUGUUUUGCUUAUAGUAUUUUGUAAAUUUCACAGGGUCAAGUGCCUGAGGCAAAGGGGCAAGAUUGGAAUUUUUACCUUUUUCUAAGAAUAUAUUGUUUCUUUUCAAGAGUUCUGCAAGGGCAGGCAUAGAAUGUGGUCUUCCAGCAGACUGAUGAUUGCUUUCAAGAGGACCCAUCUAGUGUCUGCUGAUCACUGGGAUCUUUGUUGUCAAAUUCUGGGUCAGAUGCAGCUUGGUGUGCUCCAUGUAGGCACUUAAUACUUUCUUAAGGAAAAAUGUGUACUUGGGAUUGUUAAAUGCAGGUCAGUUCUGCUUUAACUGUUGAGAUCCUCCUGAAUGUGGUCUUUUUGUUUUGAAAAUUUAACAUAGACAUUUUUUAUUUAAAAAAACAGGCUAUGCAAGACAGAAGUCGGCCUGUCCUUGCACUAAGUAAUUUUUUCUAGCAUAUUUUCUUGUUUCUCUAUGCAUUAUAUACUUGAUAUUACGUGUCUGAGCUCAAGAUGUUGAUAACUGUUGUUUGCUUUCUAAAAGCUAUAGUUGUAAUCCCUUUCUGAAAAUUCGUUUAGAAAUGCAAAGAAAAUCUGAACUGCAUCAUGUGCUGGUUUCUGUGAGUUAACAAACAGAACUUGGAUGUGGUCUGAAUUUGUGUGCAGCUUUAGGGUGUGGCUUCCUUUCUGUUCGGAUUCCUUUCCAGCUUUCAUUACUAAUCACGAGCAUUUCUCUUUAUUUCAUGCAGGCUUCCUUCCUCUGGCUCUUAAAAAAAGCUGAUUACCCUGCAACAGUGUUUGCGGGUGGGGGGGGGGGAGGGAUUUUUUUGCAACAAUAAAUGGGCAAGUGAAGGCUUGAAGUUUGUGUUAAUCAAAUGCUUAGUCAUCUCUUUGUGUUCAAAAUAAUACUAUUUCAUCCCUCUUCUCUGCUUUCUCUUCUCUCUUCCACCCAAUUCUCUGCUUACCAAUCUAGGUGUAAUGUUGCUAUGCUGUAUACUAGCCAGUAAAAUUAUUUGUAUAUCAUAAACAAGCUAAAUAUGAGACAGGUGCAACAGUUGACAGGCCACAAUUUUAUAGAAAUUGUACGGUAAUAACAGCAACAGUUAAAUCUCUUUCUUUAGAAUAAUACUAAAAGUUGAUGUGCUGUAGUUCCUAUCAACUAGGAGGUCCCAAAUUCAGAUUUCACCCCAGCUGUAAACUGACUAUGUGGCUUAAAACAAGUUGCUGUCUCUCAGCCCCUCUCCACCAACAUAUUAGGUGAUAAUAUUGGCCUCCCUUAUAGGAUUACUAAGCUAAUAUGUGUAGCCCUUUAAACACUGUCAAUGUACUAUAAAAAUGGCUUCAUUCAGAGAGAGAACUAUUACUUCAGACUAGCCGCCAUUCAAAUUCUAGCUUCUGUACACUUGACUUAACAGUGCUAACCCACAGCCUUGACUAAAGAGCUCAGGCAAAUGCUAUCAUGGUUUUACUGCCCUUCCCCAGUACACAUCACCCCACUGAAAUGUCUCUUGUCUAUUCUUGUCCAAUUGUCCCUAAAAGGCAUCUUACCUUCUUUCUUGCUGACCUUCCAUUAACAUUAAAAACUGAUCAUUUUAGCAUUUUACAUGUUAAAUACUGUGUGUUGUAUGAAGACAGUUACCUAGGAGGACUUAUUAAGACAGAUUUUACUGCUACCUCGUGAAGGGGAAUUAUUGAUAAAAACAAUAAAUUUUAUUUUAUUUAUAACCCACCCGCCAUCUGGCAGCUUAUAGCAAAAUAUAAAAACAUAAUAAAAUGUCAAACAUUUAAAACUUCCCGAUACAGGGCUGCCUUCAGAUAUCUUCUAAAAGGAAUCCACCUUGAUUUCCCUACCUAGAUGGGAAAGCAGAAUAUAAAUACGACAUUAAAAACUUGACCUCUGUAAAAGAGAAAAGUUAAAAGCAGAAUACCUAGUUAGAACUGAGAGCUUGUACAUCACCUGCAUAAAGUGUUUUGACUUGUUUUUAACUUAUUUUUCUCUCUGUCAGUGGUAAACAGGACUCAGGCAUUCUGAUUUAAUUGGUAAUUUUGCUCGCUGGAGGGUUGUAUGUUGUUGACAAGGGAAGCUCCUGAGACUUGAGUCAUUAAGAGAAGUUCAUACUCAAGAAAAUAUUUUUAAUGUACAUUUAACAUUUGUCCUUUAUCCUUAUGUAUUGUAUUCAUAUAACUGUACCUUAUGCAAGAAUGUUUGGGAAAGUGGUAAAAUUGGGUCUGAAAUUUUGGGCAAAGCCCAAAAGUCACUUAAAACCAGUUGUGUUUUGUGCAGCUGGUGCUUCUUCCCAGCCUGUGCAGCUGGGGAGUUCCCUAAGGGACAAGCCUUGGUGCAGCAUGAUCUCAACAGAGGCAGGGCUUGUUGCAGUCCCCAGCUGCCUUCCUACAGCAUUUAUGCAACAGGUUGCAGUGUGUCUGUAGCAACUAUCACCUUAUAUGGGUGAAGCAUCAACACUGAUUGCGUGACCAAAUGUAAUGUCAUGUGAAUACUGAGUUGAGUAUUUGAGAACUUUUGCUUCUAAAUCAUAUUCUUACACUUACCUGAGUGAGUUCAACUAACUUUGAGGUUUGCAUAAUAUUCAUUUGAUCUGCCGGCAACUUACUAUGAGUGAGAAAGCAAGGUAGACUAUUUAAGUUCCUACCCACAACUUACAACAGAGUUACCUAACAUUUUCUUAAGACUCAAAAUCCACACAUUUUCAGGCAGUGUUACUAACAAUACUUACUCCUUUCUGUUUGCCAAAUUGAAGAGAAAACAUUUAUACCGCCCAUUCCUUGCACAGAUUUAAUGCCUUUGCUGUGCAACCUUGUUUGCUCAUCUCUUCUCCCCUGUAUCCCAAAUAUAUCAAGAGAUCAGUUGAGCCACAACUACUGUUAACGGUAAGAGUUAGAGUCUAUGAUAAAUUGCCUAACUAGGUGGCUGUGUCAAUACUGUAUGCUUAUUAUCUGGGAAUGUGACAUCUUAACCUUUCAUGGGUUCAAGGACUAUACUUUCUGAGCAGGUGUAAUGAGUUUUUCUACCAGUGAUAGGCUGAGAGAAAGAACAUUUGUCCAAGUAACAACACCAUCACCAGUUAGCUCAGUUGGUUAGAGCGUGGUGCAGAUAAUGCCAAGGUUGCAUCGCCUGUUUGAUCCCUAUAUGGGCCACCUGCAUAUCCCUGCGUUGCAGGGGGUUGGACCAGAUGGGCCUCAGAGGAUUCCCUUCCAACUCUACAAUUCCGUUAUUCUAUGUACUAACAUUGGCACCAUGAGCAGCCUUCUAAUUACAUUCAGUUUUUAGUGCAAUGAACUUUACGACUAGCUUUAAUAUAUUUGUUCAGUGUUCCUCAGUUCAACAUGCUUUCUGUAUAGCAGUUGUAAAAUUGCACUGUACACACACUUGGGGUUCCCAUUAACUGUCCUCUUUCAAAAUGGCUGCUGUUCCUCAUUGGUCUCAGUGAAAUAAUGAAACUAUCUUAAUGUGGCAAUUUUUCAGGAUGCCAAUAAGAUGUUACACAUUUUUAGACUGGUGGCAGUUUAGCUCAUGUUCACAGUACAGUGGUACCUCUGGAUGCGAAUGGGAUCCGUUCCGGAGCCCCGUUUGCAUCCAGAAGUGAACGCAACCCACGUCCGCAGGUCGCGAUUCACCGCUUCCGCGCAUGUGUGUGACAUCAUUUUGACCGUCUGCGCAUGCGCGAGCAGCAGAACCCGGAAGUAACGCACUCCAUUACUUCCAGUUCACCACAGUGCGCAACCCAAAAAUAUUUAUCCCGAAGCUACUUCAACCCAAGGUAUGACUGUAUGCUUAUGUGACACAUCACAGGUGUGUGUUCCAGUGCAGCAUGCAUUGACAAACAUAUCUGCUUAAGUGGCUUUUGCAGGUACUGUUUUGAUAUGUCAUAUCUCUUUUUGAUACAGUGGUACCUCGGGUUAAGUACUUAAUUCGUUCCAGAGGUCUGUUCUUAACCUGAAACUGUUCUUAACCUGAAGCACCACUUUAGCUAAUGGGACCUCCUGCUGCACCGCCGCACCACCGGAGCACGAUUUCUGUUCUCAUCCUGAAGCAAAGUACUUAACCCGAGGUACUAUUUCUGGGUUAUCGGAGUCUGUAACCUGAAGCAUAUGUAACCCGAGGUACCACUGUAUUCUGAAAAGUGCAGAAAAGCACAGGCCUGUCUGUGUCUUUUACACUGUGACAUGUGGGUGCGGGGGGUUAGCAAGACUGGAUAUAUUUUAUCUAGCUGUCUGUUUCUAGUUUCAAGUGAAGAGUGGCACGUACUGUGUGGAAUGCUUGACACAGGGACAAGUACUUCAUCCAGCGUUGGUUUAGGUAACUGAGUUGCACUCAUGCUGUGUACAAAAUCUUGAAAUUAAAGUAUUAGCGAUCUGCUUGUUGGACUUGUCUUUCUUGAUCUGUAGUUUCUAUUUUUAACGUAAUAGAUAAUAUAAUAGAAGGCAAAUAUUUUAUGUAGAGAGUAGUGCUUGGCCCAACUAACCUUUGCCCUAUCUGCUUUCUGUCUGCAGCAAUAGCUGUAGCUACAGAAGGCACUGUGCAGUUUUCUGUGCUUUCUUAAUGGGUGCAGAGCUGCUAUGUAUUCUUCACUUCUCCAAAAUGACACAACCUUUCAAACUCACAUCUUUCUGUGAAGGCAUGUGCAGCAAGCUGCCUUUAAAUGUACAUUCUCUCACUUGCCAAAAGGGGGUUCACUUAACCCAGGGAUCGGCAAGGAUUACCGGCCAUGGGCUGGAUCACGCCCACGGAGAUUGUCCGUGGACAUGCCCAGACGUGAUUUCUGGUAUCUGCGCGUGCGCAGAUGCGAGUUCCGGUGCUGCUCGUUGAGUCGCUGCGCUGGUUUAGCACAGCACGUGGGGGACUCGCCAAGUGGGUGGCUUGGUUCAGGGGCGGCUCGUGGGCCAGUAAAAUGGCCUUCGUGGGCUGCAUCCGGCCUGACUUAAUCUGUGAGAGGCUGAAAAGGAAGCCUGCUUCAUGUACCCAGUAUAGGGAGUGCUGUGUAAGCCCAAAUGUUCAUCUAGAUCAGUAGUUUGGACUAUUUCUCCUUGAUUUUCAAGCUGCUCUUACUUGCUUUGGGUUGCUGGUUUCACCAUUACAACUUUGAUCCAUCCUUCCCUAAGAUAUUAGCCAAUGAUAGCCAGAGGCAAACCCAUCUUCCCGGUGACAAAAGACAAUCACUACCAAGGCUAUCUUUGUUACCAGUAUUUUUAAAAACUGCAACUCAUUGCAGUAGUCUAGUUCACAGAACGCACAAAGUGAACAAGGGCUUACUGGCAGCCACUUUGCUCUCUGGUCCUUUUGCUGCACUGAGCUAAGUCAGAGUUUGGCUUAGCAUGCUGUCUAAAACCAGGCUCAUAGUUAAGCUCUUUUCUCACUAUCCAUGUUAUAGCCAAGAAUCAACUUUGGCUAUAGGUCACGGUUAGUGAAAUGAGAGCUUAACCACAGCAUGCUAGCUCAACCUUGGCUUAGCUCAGUGUGGUGCAGAAGUGAAAAAGGUGAUGGGGGGAGAGCAAAAUUAUGUUAAGUUCCUCUCUGGGAGCUUGCAUGUUUGCACAAUCUGAGGAAGGCAUAGUUUAGCUUAACUGUGGCGUUCAAAUCUGGUCACUGUGGAGGAUGACUGGUGUUUUGCAAGUUUUAUUACCUCUAACUAGCUUAGAUAAGAUAAAUGAAUAAAAUCUUUUUCAACUGGAUUUUGCUUGCAAGUGAAAUCUGAAUCAAAAUUGGGCAUUUGGAGUUCUCGCCUACAUGUUAAUACCCAUGGUGCCCUUCUAACUUGCAGCUGCUUCAUCAAAUCGCUCGUGUUGGAACACUUGGCACAAACUAGUAAUUUGGAGAACUGGAAUGUACGCAGCAGGGCCUUUCAACAUGAUCAGAAAAAGCAAAGGAAUUAAAAAGUACUUCUUUGUGCAAAGACAACCAUUCUGUAGGUUGAAAAAAAAUCCCCAUAGUUCUAUAAUAACUCUUCAGAAAAUGCGUUCGUUUUUAUUAGUAUUUAGUUGCAAAGUGAAGGUAAAAGCUAUUGAAACCAGACAUAUUUUUCUAGAGGAGAAUAUGGAGAAUACUCUAUAAGUGAAGAGAUGUUGAACCUCACAAUUAUCAAUGAACUUACUUUGAAAUGGCAAUGAACAUGUAUUGAACAUGAAAUGUAUUGUUGUGUUGUCACAUUCCUACUAAGGAAGAUUUAAUAAUCCUAGGUAUAACCAUUUACUGUGAGACGUUCUCCCUUUGGUCAGAGACCAGCCUCUCUUUGGAAUGUUCUUCCUCACUUGACUGCUGUCAGCAGUUGGAAUAUUUAUUUAUUUGAAACAUUUGGAUGUUUUAUCCUCACCCCCCGUAUGACAUCCAGAGGACAUUUUCUAUUAGCUUUCUAAUGAGUUUAGUUAGUAACUAAAACAAUAAAUACAGCUUUUCAAGUGUACAGCCUCCUAAAGUGAUUUACAGAUUUUAACAAACAUUUAUAACGAAAUAAGAUUGUAGUAAAUUAAACCUCAGAAAAGCCUGGGUGAAUUUUAAAAAAGGUUUUCCUUUAGGUCUGGAAGAGCCAGCUUUUGUUAAGCUACUUUGUGUGGCACAUUCUUAGUUCCGGCAGGUGACGAGGCAAAUUGUUGUUUACAAGCAUGUCUUAACACUAUUACAUAUGUGGAAUUAGGACAUAUUUUGCUCUUUAAAUUCCAUAUGCUGUGCUCUUCUGGGCUGAGAGAUGAUAUAGAAACCUGAUAUAUAUAUUUUUUACCUUCGUUGGCAUCACUGUGUUUAGAAAUUCUUUUAACGUAAUAGCAUCCUGUCAAGCAUAUUUGAGACUCACAGAUUAAACUAGAGAAGGGCAGUAGAGGUCUUCAAAGUUACAUGGCUGUAAUGCAGCAGUUAUAGUGAACACAGUUCAAGAUUUGCUCUUGUCAGUGUGCACUCAAGGAUCUUGGCCUUCCAUUGUCAGUGGUGAGGACCACAAAUUCUGCCUUUGCCUGCUAUCCUGCCAUGGUUUGUGGCCAUUGUUGACCCUCCUUAUAAGUAUUCACAGCAGGGUAGGGGUUUUGCCUCUCACUUUGUACUAUGGUUUGAAGAUUGACAAAAGCAGCAAGAGAUCAUCCCCCAAGUUCUCUUACGUUUUGUGAAAGACUUGGCAAAGGAAAACUGAUGCUCCCAGUUCAAGUGACUCUCUGUGAGUUCAUUGAAAUGCAGAGACUCUGGAAAGGUGUCUGUCUCUCUAUGCUAAGCAUUGGAAGAGUGGUCACAUAUAGGAUUGUGUCCAUUGCCUGUCCUACUCAGAGUUAAGCCGCUGAAAAAAUUAAUCAUGACAUAACUAACAUAGGCUUGUUGCUUUCAGUUGCUUUACCCUGAGUAGAAUUUAGUUGGAUACAACUCAUGGUCAGCAUUGGUGGCCAUAUUUUUGGACCAGUUGUGUGUGCAAAUUACUGCAGGGAUGUUGAACCUCUAUUUCUUCAGAUGUUAAUAGACUCUCCCAUCUGCCUCGGACAGUAUGGUCAAUAGUCAGAUGAUGGGAACUGUAGGCCAGCAAUAUCUGGAGAGCCACAGGUACUCCACCUCGCCUUACUAUGUUACACUCCAUAUACCCUGGAAGGAAAACCUAGAGCAGGCAUGUCCAACUUCCAAAAGACUGCGAUCUACUCCCACCGUAAAGAAAACUGGGGGGGGGGGGGGAAUCAGGGUCCCACGGUCGACCUGUUGGACAUCCCUGACCUAGAGUUUUGCCUUUAUUCUUUUUGCUGCUGCUACGUACUUGUUCACGUUCUUAUUAUUAAGGUACAUGCAUUACUGUAAUCCAUCCUCCACCCUCUUAGCAGCUUUUAAUGCUGUUCUCUGCCAGCACUUCCAAAGAAGACUUUGUGUUCAUCCCUGUCACUGAUGGAUCCUAUAAAUAACAUUAUGGAGACUUCAACUUCAACUGUGGUUUCUGUUUUCCCCUUUCUAUUUUGCUGGACCUAAUCUGGGGAAAUCAAUUAUGUUUCAGUACAAAGUUCAUGUCAGUGCUUCAACAAUCUCAGGACUUGUUCAAAUGGUCAUUUAAUGUGGGCUAAUGAACACUUAGGAUAGCCUCUGUCAUUUAGGUGUAGAAGCAAGUAACUGUGAUUUCUGUAUGGACUUCCACAAGUUUACUAACCAAGUGUGAGCUCUUAAUAAACAGCACACAUGCUAUCCUGCACAGAUGAGAGAAGAUCCCAUCUGUCUCCCAAGCAUUCUGCAUACCAUGCUACAUGGAGAGGGGAUUGGUGGCAACCACAAAUAAUGACUGGCUAGAAAUCCAAACCAGCAUUUGUGUGACUCAUGGGGGAAAGUCACCCAGCAUCACGUAUCAUAUUACUGAUGAGCUGUGUUUGGCCUGGUAGGAACUGAAGUGGUUGUCCUUUGAGGACAGGUUACACAGUUUGGGGCUUUUUUGAGUAAGGGGGAAAAUGACAGAGGCUUAUAAAGCUAUGCAUGAUGUGGAAAAAGUAGAUAGAGGUUCUUUUUCCUCAUAAUACUGGAACCUGGGUCAUCCAAUGAAGCUAGAUGUUGGGAGAUUCAAGAUAGGCAAAAGAAGAGGCUUCACACAGCACACAGUUAAACCUAUGGCAUUUGCUACUACAAAUCGUGUGAUAGAUGCCAACUAAGAUGUUUUUUAAAAGAAUGAGAUUAAUUCCUGAAGGAUGUAUUUGAUGGCUAUAUGCUGCCUCUAGGAUCAGAGGCAAAGCAGUAUGUCUUUGAACAAUGGGAAUAUGAUGAGGAGAGUGCUUCCCAUAGGAAUUUAGUUGACCACUGUAGGAAACAGGAUGCUAGACUAGAUAGAUAGGCUUUUGGUCUCAUCCAGCAGGAUUUCUCCUAUGUUCUUCUUAUCGCUUCAUUUGCCCUGUUCUUGCUAUUAGGCCGUUGGUUUCCUAUUCUGUCUGUGUUAAUAGAGUGUAACUCUUUCAACUGUGUCUUGUGUUACAGUUUUGUUCUAUAAAGUACCUAGAACACUUGGCACUAAGUAAAAACAAGGUGGUAGUCAUAGCAAAAAUGGUAACGAGGAACUGGUUGAGGCAGAAUGGAGAAGAAACAGGUGAGGAGAGUGUCAGGAAUAAAGUAUUAGUGGUGACCACAAACAGAGGAACCCGACACAUUAGGUUCCUACUCUGUUCCCGACAGAGUCACUGACAGAUGGGAUAUUUAUAGAUACAGAUACAGUGUGUAUAUAUGCCCUUCAUUUCUUUUAACUUGCUUUGGAAUCAUGGAAAAUGAGAAAAUAGCUCUUAUGUCGCCACACCAACUUCCAUAUUUAGAGAAAACAUAUUCUUCUAAGAGCAAUGUUAAAAUUACAGGCCUAGCUCUGGAGAACCAGAACAGCUUCUUGGGAUUUCAAGUGCUGCAGGCACUUUUAAAUUAGAACUUUGCUUAUUCUAUUUUGUACCUUGAGAGAGCUUUCUUCAGGGAAAGCAAGUCACUGUAUUAUUUAAAAAGUAGGGAUUUCCCCAAUUUUCAUACAGAAAUUUGCAUUCUGAAGCAGUACCUUUUGCCAAGCAAAUAAUUAAUUUAUUCCUCCAAAAUGUAUCCUAUUUCUUCACUGCUUCUUUCCCCAUCUUUGGCAAUGUCAUUUUUACAAGUGAGAUGGGUGAGGGGGAGCCUCAUCACCAACCUAAUGGCACAUAGCAAACAGGGUGGCAUGUCAUGCCAGGGUGGCAUGGUCAGGUAAUACUGCAAAAUUUGUUUCAUCUAUCAACCAGUCAAAUGCCACCUUGUGUACAAACUCUUGUUGUGGUGAAAUUGCACUGUAUGAAUGCCAUGCUAUGUAUUUAAAAGCAUGGAUGAAAACAAGUGAAAUUCUGAGAAAGAAUGCGAAAAAGAAAGACAAACAUGUUUUAUAUGAAGGAGGAAUGAAAAACUACAAGGAGGGAGUUCCUGUUUCAAAUCUUGCCUCUGCCAUAGACUCACUUCGUGGCCUUUAGGGUUCAUACAUUCUUUCUUUCUCUGCCUUAAGAAUGAUAUGGGUAAAAUAAUACUGGCUUCUAUUAUUUGAUGAGCUUUGACCUCUUGAAAGUGUUGUGUAAAUGCUGAUAAUCCCUAUUUUUCUUGUUGGGUUUGGUUGACCAAAGUAAACCAAAUAACUGAAGAUGGAUUUGUCUUGACAUUCUACAUAUAUUUGCUUGUCCUACAGAUGUUGCUGCUGUGUCUAAUUUUUUUAUUGUUGCAUUUAUAUCCCACUUUCAAGGAGUUCAGGGUGGCAUACCUAUGAGGUACGCUAGGCUGAGAGACUACGACUGGCCCAAGGUGACCCAGUGAGUUUCAUGGGUGAGCAGAGAUUUGAGCUUUGUUCUCCCACGUCCUGGUACAACACUCACCACACCACACUGGCUCUUCAGAAGGAAGCUAGCUCAUUGCUUCUGUCCUGUCACUGUCAGACCUCUUCCAAUUGUCUUGUAAGAACAGUUGUAAGAACUGACCUUUAUUUUUAUUUUAACAAUAACAGCAACAAUAUUUUUUCUAACAACAGAGCCUAAAAUGGAUAAGAGGAAUUUAAAACAAGUAGCAUCAAGAAACUAGUACAAUAACAUUGGGUUGGAGAUUACUAAAAAAAAGGAGGAAAACAAAGUAAAUGGGAAUGUGAAAGCAUUGCAAUACCCACAGUUUGAUCUGGUAAACCAGGCUACACUGUAAUCUGGAUAACAGCCAGCUGUGCAGAUGGCUGCUGGUGUAAGUACUGUCUCCAAAUCCUUCAAUCUUCUGUCUCCAGAAAAAGAUAUGACAAAGCUGAAACCAUGAACUCGUAGAGAAGUGCAAAGAUGACAGUUUCCAAGACGAAUCUUAAUUCUGUAACAAGGUAUUGCUCUUUAUUCCAGUUGUCUCCCUUGUUACCCAGAAAGUAGGAGGAACGUGUUUAACUGACCCACAUUAUUAACUUUGCUUGUGUUUAAGCAGCCAGUAAAAGAGGAGCUUUUGUCUCUCUCUUAAAAAAAGAAAGAAAACGCCAGUCCAUAAUUAUAUUUUCAGGGGAACUAUGUUCAUAUUUCCAUUGUGUUCUCUAACACCUGAUACACGGUUUUUGUUUUUUUUAAAGUGGCUGAAAUAAAAUAAUUUCAAGUAUUUAACUCCUUUGUAUUGAAAUGUAUCUAAUGAGGUAGUCAUCUCCUAUAUAGCAAUAACAUUAGCAUUGCCAGAUAAAUCAAUCAAUAGUAUAAGCUCCGUUAGUUUUUCCCUUCUCCAUUUUAUGAUGCAUGUGCUUAUGUGUAUCUGAGGGAGAAAGCACAAUAACUGUCAUUUGCAUAAUGAGUUAAGAAUCUAACCUUCUAGUUGUCUUGACCUAAGUUGUUGCCUAUUCCUAUGUUCUAAUGGUGUUUUGUCCCAAAAUUUGAACAAUAGUUGAAUACUAAGUCCCUGGGAUUUGGUUACCAUUCAAUAACUGGUUAGAUAUUGCCAAUUAAAUAAAUACAAAUUAUUAUCUUACCACAUCUGGAGACGUUUUACCUGCUUCUUCACGGUGUGCGAAAGGUCAGCAGCAUGACCUUUAUGUGUUAUACAUUUGAUGUUAGCUGCUCUGAGCCCGGUUUUGGCCAGGGAGGGCAGGGUAUAAAUAAAAAUUAUUAUUAUUAACAUAGACGAUUGUGGCUGGCUUUCUGUCAUUCUAUGGUGAUUAUUGCUUCACCCCUUGUUGCUGACCUGCUCUGCUGUGGAGUGAAACCCAUCCCUCUAUGCAGUUCUGUAGUGUUGUAUUGCUUCCUGGUUCUUUGUUUAGGGAAGUACUUGCAGUCUUAAAAGCUUUUUCAUAUUGAUUAUGGUACUUCAAAGAGUAGAUCCUUAGAUACAAUGGCUGGUUUUUAAAAAGAAGAUGGUGUUCCUUUUACUUAUGUGAAGUCAUCUAUUGCAGCAUGCUGUUGUUUAGAUGACCCAUGUGUGUUUUGCACUCAGCACAGUCAAUUUUUUUAAAAAAUGGUGCAUGCUCAUGAAUGCAGGCAUGCAGUUCCAAAAGGAAAUGAGGUCUAUCACUAGCAGGCUAAUGUAGCCCCACAUCAUCUCCAUAUUCUGUAUGGAUAAAUAUUGAUCAUAUUUUGUUCAAUAAUUGAAAAAUUAUGUUGGUAUGUUUUGUAAGGUGUGAAUGUGUAUGCAUGAGAAAGCUUUAAUGUAUUAUGCCUGGAUACAGCUCCAGCUGAAAGCCUCUGCAAUGUAAUUGAAGCAAAAUUAACCUGUAUUUGUAGGAAACUAAAAUUGUUUAUAAGCCAUCUUUAGAGAGCCAUGUCCUGAAAGAUAGUGUAUAAAUACGAUGAAUGAAUGUAUAUAUUUUUAAAUCAAGAUCAAUACACACCUUACCCAGCCCUCUUGCCACACAACAUAGUGAGAACUGUUAUGGCCUUCAGACUGCCGCUCCUUGCCAAAAAAAACCCCAUCCCUCAAACAUAAGAAAUUUUAGUGAAAAUUAAAUACCUCAUGGAGAUUGCAUAUAUUUACACUUUUCUAGAGUAAAUACUUGAAAUGUAAUAUCUGAAAAUCAUGAAGAAAUAUGGGAAAGGCAAGCUGUUAAUUGAAAACCAUGAAAGACUCUAGCUUGAGAAUACCUUCCCCACUCAAUUCAACUGCUGUGAUUUGCUAAUACUGGAUGUUCGGUUUACCAAGUAGUCCAUGUUGGGAAGUCUCCCAUUUUAACACACAGUAGAAAGCAAGGUAGAAAAAGAAUGGCACCUGUUGAUCAAGCAGAACCAUAGUAGAAAGCCUUACUACUUGAACCUGCUUUUGGUCUUAUACAUAUCUGGUAGGUCACUGUGACAACAGAGUGCUGGAUGAUAUUGGCCACAGGGCUGAUCCAGCAGGCUCUUCUUAAGUUCUUAGAUGUUAUAAUUAUUGUUGCUUCUUAAAUUCCUGUCCUGCACUUCUUCCCAAAGGUGUCUAGGUGCAACGGACAACUAAGCAGUCAAACAGUACAAUUAAAAUUGAAAUGUAAAAUAAACAUUCAAAAACAAUCACAUACCCUCACAGCUAAUAAUUUCAAGAUUGCCAAGAACGGUUCUUUCAGCUAUCAAAUGCCUGAUUAAAUGUUAAUGUUAUAAACUUCUUGAAUAUUAAUAAUGACAGUCAAACCUCACCAGGGAAAACAAUUCACAAAUGGGGAAAUGCCACGGAGAAGAUGCUGUUGCAUGACAGCACCAAACUGGGCAGUUGGUAAUCUCUGUUGGGGCCACUGACUCUUUCUUGUAUUAUUUGACAGUAAUUGUGUGUCCUUGCUUGCACUCCGUGCUUUGCAAUAUAACCAUAACCACCUUUCAGAACCUUUGCCCUGUAAUUGCAGCAUUUGUGGUGCCUGUUUACUUUAAUUUCAAAUGAAAUUUGUAAUUGAGCCUGUUUCUCUGGCUUCCAGGAAAAAAGCCAAGAAAAACUGUUGAGUCGCAUAAAUAUGGGUCAGAUUACAUUAAUAUUCACAUAAUAUUGUUAGCUGCAAAUAAACAGUUUUGCAUAAUUCUUCUAUAAUAAUUAACUUUUGUGAUUACAGUAAAUUUAUCUCAGUUCUCUUAAUUCUUCAAAUACUUGGUUGCUGUUUCACAAAAUUUGUCCUGUCAGAUUAUUUAUCAGAUUGCUAAUCCUUACCCCCUUUCCACCCUAAAUCUUUGGAGCUCCAUAAAACUAUGAGACAGUUGUUGUUAAAUCUGGGGGAAGACGCAUUGACAUAUUUUGAGAGAUGUGAUUAUUUCAAGUGUAGCAGGUCAAUGGGAAAAAGCCUACCAGGUAGCCAUGAGCUUGUAUGUAUUUAGUCUUUGCAGAUUAUCAGUUUGAAAUUUAAAAUACUGAUUCAGGUUUAUUUUUCUUGCAGUAGUUGCAUAUUUGGCUGUAGAAGUUGACUUUCCAUUAUACUGAGAUCAAAAGUAAGUUGGGAAAGUUUUAGAGCACUCUGAACAUGCUCUUAUGAUAUCUGUCUCUGGAUUUAGUCAGAGUAUAAUAACAUUACUUCUAAAAAGGAUCCCUUUGUUGUAUUCUUUGUGAAGGCUACUUCACCCUGAAUGCCAGGAAUUCGUUUAUUCUGAAGUGUUGCUGUCUGUGGUCCAAGAUUUGCUUCAAAUCUCACCUUGACCAGAGAACCUAAUUAAAUUUUUAAUUUGAUUUAUUAGAUUUAUACACCACACUUUAUCAUAAGAUCUCAGGGCAGUUCACAGAAUAAAAUACAGGAUAAAAACAAGUAAAUUAAAAACAAAACAGAAAAACAGUAGCUUUUGGCUUGGCUGGUUAGUAUAUUUGGAUGUUUCUGGUGCUGUUAAAUCUGCGCUUUCUUAAGUUUUGUUUUAAACUAUUAACUCAAGACACCCUAAACCUUGGGAAAUCAGCUAAUAAAUGCCUUUCAUGAUACUUCCUUGGUUAUAUUCAGCACAAAAGGCAACAUAUUCCCUAUUUAAUCUAUAUUGCUCUUAAGCAAGUCUACAAGUCCUGGGAUUUGUUCAAAUGUGACAGUGUGGUGGAAGAAUAGAAUGAGCAAUUGACUCUGCUUUUCAUUGCCAAUACCCACAUUUCGUAAGUUCUCAGGGCCCAACUAUUGCCUUACAGAGGGGACAUGUGUACAUUACUUUCUUUUCUAUUUGGGAAUGAGCCAACAUGCAGUGAAAAGUAAACAAGAGUCACUUGUACAUUCUGCCUUCUUGUCCCAUGUUGCAACUUGCAGACAAUCCUUAAAAUCGGUUAGGUUGUGCUACACACAGGAAAUUUUAUAUUAUAUUACUAUACAUUAUUUCAAUUUAUAUCACACCAUGUGUGUGCGUGUGUUACACUCAAUGUGAUAUUAACAGUAAGAUGAAAAAAGAAGAGUUGAUUAAAGCAGUCAAAAACACUAAACAUUGGCCACCUUAAAAAUAAGUAAACAUGACCUGUAUAUUUUCUUAAAACCAAGGCCCAUUUAAAAGUAAUUUCCGAAUUGAAGGCAAAAUAGAUUUACUCUUUAGGUCUGCUGUCAGAAAUUCUGCCUGAGGUUCAGAAGGCAAAGAAUACAGAUAAUUGAAAAUUAAUGUCAUAACUGUGCAUAAUAAGAAUCAUUUAUAUAUUGGUGAUCAUACAUAUCUGUUUAAAUGUGGCAAGUUUCAGCCUACAGUUGGUGCUGCUGUGCUUAAGCCACAUCCUUCUUCCAUUGGCCAUGUGUCUUGGACCUCUCUAAAUUCAUCUAAGGUUUUCCUUCAGCAAACAAUACUGCAAAAAUUGGAAUGUGAUGGCUACUCAACCAGGAACACUUUAGAAGAGGGUUAGGCAAAUUCAUGGAGCAUGAAGCUGUCGAUGGCUGUGUUCUACCUCUACUGUCAAAGGCAGUAUGUCUCUGAAUACCAGUUUCUGGGAAGCACAGGUGGGGAGAAAGCUAUUGCACUCAGUCCUGCUUUCAGGCUUCCCAUAGGCAUCUCUGUGGCCGCUUUUAAGAAUAGGAUCCUGGACUAGAUGGACCAUUGGCCUGAUCCAGCAGGCUGUCCUUAUGUAAAUUUCAAGGGAGUCCCCUCACUUAGCUGAAUGUUUGUUGUUAAACAAGAGCACUGGUGCUGCUUAUCCCUAAUACAGUCGUGCCUUGGAAGUCGAAUAUAGUUCCUGAAUGUUUAGGCUCCCAAAUGUUGCAAACCCGAAAUGACUGUUCCGGUUUGGGAACUGUUUUUGGAAGUUCAACGUCGGAUGGGGCUUCCGCGCCUUCCGAUAGGCUGCAGGCGUUUCCUUCAGUCAAUCAGAAGCCGCACUUUGGCUUUCAAAUGUUUUGGAAGUCGAAUGGACUUCUGGAACAGAUCCCGUUCGACUUCCAAGGUACGACUGCAUUUGAAUAAAAGUUACUUUGUUACAAAAAUUUUAACAUCUCAAGGAGAUUCUCAUAUCUACCCAUAGUCAAUUCAGGCUUGCACCUUUGCUUUAAUCAUGCCAUCCAUGUUUGCUUAUUUGUUUUUAUCUCAUCCUCCCAACUCACAACUUUAAAAUGUUACACUUUAAGUACUUGUACUUUAGGUUGUACUUUCACAUUCUGAAAGGGUGCAGGCAGUGUAUCAGUUUUGAUAAGAGGAUUUAAAUUGGACAGCAGAUUAAACAUGUUUCUAGUAAUCAGAUGAUGUUGCAUGGAAGAGUAUUUUCUAAGAAUGUUGUCUAUUAUACCCAAUCAUCUUUUUAAUGCAACUGGUGGUGUAUUAUAUUUAUAAGUAGCAUAUAACCCCUACCUCAUAUCAUAAAUAUAACUAUAGGAACACUGGUUUCAGACACACUUUUGCAUAUACAGUGCUAGCAAAAAUCCCUAUCAUUUUAAAGAUAAAAUAUGUGUGGAGGAAGGCAUUUAUGUUGCAGGCAUUCUAGCAUUUAGACAAAAGAUAAAAUUUUAAAAUAAUAACAUGACCCUUAACAUUAAUAAUGAUAAUGAUAAACUCCUUUGUACAACAGUGCCAGAUUCAGCACUAGUCUCUCAUAGGAAUGAAUGGCAGUCUGUCACUCUUAAAGGAGAAAGAAAAGGUUUUGCACUCAGAGGCACCAUUGGAGUUGGAGCAAAACUUGCACCUCACCAUUGGUUACUCCAGUCAUUAGGAAUCAAGUUGCCUCUUCCCGCUUUUUGAUCCUUUGGCUUGGCCUUGAUGUGAGUGAUAGAAUAUUGGGAGAGUGUUGACUGAAGGAAAUUAAUUUAUAGGUAAGUGGGACCUUCAACCACAUAAUUGCAUUUUAUGAUACCUGUUCAGGGUUGCAGUCAGCUAUUCCUUUACCCUGCUCUUCCCUUCCUUCUGAUUAAUUUUUUUGAUUUAUUAUGCUCAUUGUGUGGCUACUGACUGUGUUCAGUCCUCAUCAGGCUGUUCUUUAAAUGUUUAGGCCCUUUAGGUUUUGUGCUGUCUUGAAAAUAUGAGGAAAAUGAGAAUACUGGCCCAUUUCAACUUGCAAGCACGUUGAUUCAUGUCAUCCGGACCUCAUUUAGGCAAAAAGUGAUUAUUAGUUGAUUAUGUAGUUUGCUUUAAGCACCCUUGGGAUAAAAUGAAUCUGGGGUUUUGUGCACCAGCAAUAAAGAACUUGUGCAGAAAGUGAAUCUCGUAUUUCAGUGUUGGGGCAGUAGAGUAAGAUUCCCCCGUCCUUUCCAACAAGCUUUGAUAGUAUUGGGGAGACCAAUGAGUUUGGCAGGGCAAGGCUGGAGGAUACACUUGCAUUGGGGUACUUGCUGCCUGGGCCAGAAAGGACAACAGGGAUGCUAUGACAGCUGUCUCCUGCCAUGUGAGACACUGUGAGCCAGUUCCAAUAGGACUUCAGCACUGCUCUUAGUACAGGGCACGAGGAAUGUGGUGCUUAUAGCAGCUGCUUCUCUUGGACUUAAAGAACCAGAAGAGCUAGCAGCAACAAAUAAGGAGGAACUGAUAAUUGUGUUUGCCACAGUAGUAUAUUAGGUCAGGACCACAUGUUCAGUGUGGUUGCCUCACAAAUGACUCCUAAAUAGUGGAACUUCAUCACUCCCAGCUACCCCCAAAGUGGCAGGAUUUCUGAGACAGACUCUCCUCUAAAGAGAUGAGGAUAGUGAUAGGUGUUAAAAUGUAGGUUUCACCUUAAAUGGAUUUGAAUGAGUAGUUAAGCUCAGACAAGAGAUUAUUAAGGCUUAACAAUGACACUGCUACCAGAAGACAGGCAGUUCAGGCCUGUGUUCAUGUGGAAAUUGUACUAGCAGCUUCUGAAAUUCACAGGACUGGGGAGGUUUACAGGCUCUGUGUCUUGUAAGUAUGUUUUGGGCAGUUUUUGAGAAUGCAUUGUUAAUACUUGGGAAAUCAGAAUAGUAACUAGAAGGUGGUAGUUCUUUAGACCUAAGCAGAAUUUCAUAUAACGUGAAUGUUAGCAAAGUAGAAUAUUCUCUUAAUUCCAUGGCUAGGGUUUGUUGGGUUUCAUAGAUGAAUUGCCUCACUAGCAGCCAGCCUCAGAAGUGAUUCUUUCAAAGUUUGCAAUCUCUGAUCUUACAACUUCAAAGUUGUGAUAUCAAUACAGCAUUUGACUGUAGAAUAUGUUUUAAUUACUAAGACCAGUCACUUUGCUUGUUCAGGGUUGUUGUUUUUUAUGUAGCUUUCUGUUCAAGUGAGGCUAUUGGAAAAGUAAGGUAUAUUUGCCCCAACUUUUUCCCCCACAUACAGCACGGGGAAAAGGGAUGCCACCUAAGUACAGAGGGUGGCGAUUUUAAACAGCAGGAGAGGGUCCAUGAAGGACUAACUUUGAAGAUUAUGUUCCUGACUGUGGAGUGGUGGUGGGGAAAUCAGUGGGUUGACUAGCUGGGAAGAGGAAUGUAAGGCUGUGGUAGGCAGAUGAUGAGGCAGAAAUAACAUGAGAUAUACUUCGUUGGAGAAGAAGUAGCAGGAGCAGAGGUUGUAGGUACACUGACUCAAUUCUAUGCAUUGAAUUCCAAGGUUGUUUUGGAAUUUGAUUUAAUUUUUUUUUAAAAAAAUAAAGUCUUGUGGUGCUGCAGUGUAAAGGGGAUUUCGGCCCAUAACAUCACUAGUGUGUUUGUAGCUACCUCAAAAUAAUUAACUAUUCCUGCCACACACAAGGGUAGAUCACAAACUCUUACUAUGUAAUGUAAACUGCUUAGGGAUUUUGCAUAUUAAACUGUAUAUAAAUAUUAUUGAUGGUGAUUAUAGGGCAAAACUGUGCAAACCCUAUUUUUUCUAUACUUUCUUUAGAUGCUGAACUGAGAUAGCUUACUUAAUCAAGAUUUUUAAAACUGCUAUUUUAAUAACAAAUGCCACUUCCGAUGAAAUAUUUGAAUAUUAGAAUUAGCUCUGUGAACUUAUUUCUUCUAUGUAUUUGUGAAAUAGCAAGACAGCAGUAACCUAAAGUGAUUAGAACUUUUAGCAGUAAGUUGUAUUGAGAGAGGCAAAUGCGUGCGUUCCACAAUUCCAUGAGGGUGCAGAAGGCUUGCAGAAUAUGUUGGGUGCAGAAAUCGGCUUCCAGUGGAUUCCAGAUUUCACCUCCCCCCCCCCCCCAUUUUUUUAUUAUAAAAAAGGCAGGUAUCUUGACCUUGUAGUUGCAAAUAUGUUUAUAAACAACCUUCCCCAAGCUGGCAAGGACUACCAAUUUCCAUCGGCCCUAGCCAUCAUGGCCAGUGGCUCAGGUGACAAAAAUUGUAGUCUAGAACAUCUGCAGGGGGAUCAGGUUGGGGAAGACUAGUUGGUAUCUGCUUGUCUUGGGAGACAAUGGAAGAGUGUUGAAGGCUGAUCUAGAAAAUGUAUGAAGCAAGUCUUUUGAAAUUUCAAACCAGAGGAAUUGAUGAACAUUUCAAGUAGAAAGUAGUAGAGCUUCCAUGUCACACAUCAUUCCUUGUCCCUCCCCAUGAAUAUGAAAACCAGAAUAACUUAUGCAAAUUAUGAGAAACAUGCAGAUUGGCACGAUUUACGUACUCUGUAGGGCUGAGCUUUACUUAGCAUAGAAUUUGGAUUACCUUGGAUCCACGUGUGUUUAAGUUUAAUGCGGAGUGCAUACUCCACCCUAGCUAUGACCUAAAGUUACAUAAACAGUCUUUAAGAAACGUAGAUGAAGGCUGCACUUAUUUGGGCCUACUUCUGAAUAAACAUGCAUAUGACUGCACUUUGUAAGGAUACUUAUGUUAAGCUAAUUAUUUAAUGUGCUGUUGGUGUUUGCUUUUAUUUAUGUCUAUUUUAUGUAUAUUAGCUUAAUUGUAAAGAACAUAGUUACUUAAAAUGUUUUUCUUUUUUAAAAAGGUUCAAUUAACUUCACAUUGUUUUUACUUUUCUCCCAGAUUUUUGAGCAUCUGAGAGGUGUUACAGAAGCACACCUUUAGUACGGGAAGAUGAGUGAACUUGACCAGUUACGCCAGGAGGCGGAGCAACUGAAAAACCAAAUCAGAGUAAGUAUUAUAGACUAAACGUCUUGCCUUUCUCACCUGUUCUGGAUGUUUGGGUGUGUUCGUUCUCUCUCAAAUUAAUCUGUGUGGUAGGGAGGAUUUUAAAACAACUUACUUGUUUUAUUUGAAAGAGCUGCUAUUUUAAAAUAAAGAGCUUUUCUUUUAUAUAAAAAGAUUUCUAGGCCACAUCUCAGCUGAAGCUUCCCAGGUGAUUUAACAAAACAAAUGUAUAAUAAAGAAAUUUAAGCAACAUUAAUAACAAAUAUAACCACAAAACACAUAAAGAUGGCACUUAAAAACUGCUCUGUAUGGUGGUACAUUUUCAGUGCCUCUCACGUUGCCAUUUGGCAUUAACUACUUAUGCUGACCCAUCUCAAAGGGCUACUUUACUGUGCUAUAGUAUGGCAUAAAUUUCCAAACUUGUUUGUUAGCUUCCAGUGAAGGAAAAAAGCAUGUGACAUGCACAGUGAUUUAUAGUCUUGAGACUUAUAGCCUAAUAGCAUUCAUUUCAGAGGCUAGUAUAAUCUGGCUUCUUUCUGUGUAAAAGAAGAGGGACUACACAGAAACCCUCCAGAUAACAGCCACCUUCUAAAAAUAGAAGCAAGUAGCCAGUUCUUCAGCUCCAGGUUUCUACUAACUCAUUCGUAAGAUGCAUCCUUUACACCGUCCACUUUCUUCAUCUUCAGUUUCCCUUUAUGGUUUCUAGGUAAGAAUCAUGCAGGGGCAGUAGGAGCCGCAGCUGGCAGAAGUUCCCUGCCAGGGUUGAAACUCCCCUUAGCAAACCUGUGCCAUCUUGGCUUCCUUCUUUCUCCGAUACAGAAGCUGGACUACACACUUCUUUCCCUAAGCAACUGGACAUUUCAGGCCAUCACAUUAACUUAGCAAAUCAGUGUCAAAAUAACUUAGCCACCACAUACAAAAAUAAUGGUGUUGCACAGUUGCUUGAACCAUUCUGUUUCAAAAUGCACGGAAAUCUGAUUUGGGGAAUAUGACAUGUUUAUUCCAGAAAACAAACUUUUGCUUGUUCCUACUUGGCAUUUCUUUCUGAGGAAAGCAACUAUGAGACUGAGCUGUAUGCUACAAAACCCCAGGCUCAUUUCUCAUCUCUGCCAUCAGUUUAGGCAAGCUGCUGUCAACACAGUUUCUAGUCAUUUAUUGUGAUAUACUGACUGAUCUUAGUAUGGUGGUUACUGAGGUAACAUAUGUGGAAGCACAUAUGUGCUAUAUAAUUGCUAACUCUUGCUUUUCUGUGGACAAAUAACUGCAUCAUGUCGGAAAAGUUCUUAAGUAGUAGAAGGCAGAGAUUGAAUUUCAUUUUCCUUUUUCCUGCAAACCCUUUAUUUUACUUAUUCCAAGGUGAUAAUUUUCAUAUGCUGUGCUCUGAGGGGGGGGGGCAAUAUUAACUUCAAUUCUGGCAUUCAAUAAGGCCUUCAUUAAGACCUUUUUACUGUUGUCUUUUCUAAAGACAAUUUUGAUGAUCUCAUUCAGUAUCCCUUAAGCACCUUUUGAGAUUCUAUUGUUUUUUUCCCCCUCUCUCUCUACAUGGCUUUGUGAGGGUUUGGCCAUGAAAAGUGACUAAUAAAUAACUUAUUUAUUUUUAAAAGUUAUUUAUUAGUCAUUUUUCAUGGCCAAACCCUCACAAACCCCUCCAGAAGUUUGAAAAAAGCAUUACUUUCAGUCAAGGCACAUCAAGCUUCUUUACAUGAAAAAAAAUAUAUUUCUUUCCUUCUGGUUGAAAGCUUACACAAAUAAUAAAAGUAGAUCAUUCUGUUGACCUGGCAUAAAAGUUUUAGGUCACGUAUACCUGAGCUUUUGUUGGAUGCAUAGUAUAUGCGGUUUUGCUUAAAACUGAGGAAAUCUCAUUUUAGGUUGAGAGAGAAAGUGUAUGUAUAUGUCAAUAACCAGUAGAGCUACAUUGAAUACACUAUUAAACACAGAAUUAAAACAAUGUAUGCAUAAUUUUGUACAGGUAUAUUGUGAAACAAGACUUUUGACAGCCACAAUAGUGUAAAUAACAAACAACUUCUGACCAAACACACUUUGUGUAAACAAAAGUAGUCAGGGGUUUUAUAAAACUGGAUUUAAGCUCUUGAAACUAACUGUGGUGAACAAGAAAUAAAAGAGAAGCAUAUUUAGCCUCAUUUUGACCCCUCCACUGGAAUCCCUCCAAAAGGGAGAUGGCACCAUAGACUUCCCAGACCUGCUCUUCAUGUGCAUUUGUCUAUGUGUGCAUUAAAGGUGGAGUUACACACUGAAUGCUGAGUUCAUUGUGUUUACUUUUAUACUCUACUUUCUCCUAAAGGUUCAGUUAUAUGUAGUUCAGUUCUCGGUCGAGUGAUUAAGAGCAGAACACUGCUUACCUGUUUGGGAAAUCCUAUUAUGAGUUGUGCUGUGUCUGUGUGCCUUUGGAGGUUAACUCGAGCAGAUUACCAAAGCACUGAAAUAGCUUCCUACCAGUAAUAUAUAUGGGCAUGGAUCUAUUAUGCUGCACAUAGAUGUGUACUUAGUUCCAUGAUUUGCAAUGAGAAGUAGUUGGAUAAUUGAGGCAGACUAGGUUUAAAUGUACUUCUUGCCUAAUUUGGAACAGUUUUCAAUAGAAGUAAUAGUAGAGGAGCAGGAGACGCUCUGUUUUGUUCUGGGCAGUGUGAUGUAUGGAUGGGUGUCUUAGAAGUAUUCUAGAUUUUGAAAAUGUACUUCCCAUAUAUGAAUGCAGCACCCCAUUGCAUAACAUUGGCAACAAAUUGCUCAUCAUUAGAAUCCUUUGAGUGCAUUUAUUACAGUUUUUUUAUGUUGAUUGCAAGCUGCAUUUUUAGGCAGUUGCUUUUUAAAAAAAGCUCCUCAAACCCUUAAUGAAGAUGCUCAUUAGGACUGUUUUCUUAACAAACUAUGAGCUGGACCUUGAGUAUUUUCUCAAAAGCAGCCUGCAUAAUCAUUGGGCAGGGUUCACCUAAUGUGGCCUGUCAGUGGAACCUCUGACUUUCCCUCCCCUGCCCCAUACUUCUGAAAUUGGCUGGAGGGUGGGUGGGAGAAACUCUGAAACCAUGGAGAAGGGAAGGGGAGAUUGUUCCAUCUGGCAAGCCGAAAAAGCUUUUGCAAAUGGAACAUUUGUAAUAGCGUGACAUGGAAUUCCACCCAUUGUAUCAUCCCUCCCCCACAUCCUUCCUAAACUAAAUAAAAUAGUUUAAUGUUAAAUAUAUCAGUAUAAAAGACUGUUGUGGGACAACUCACAAAUUAUCUAGCCACUGUAUACAUAACUAGUUAAAGAAAUUAAUAUCCAUGUCUUUCUGCCUUCAUUAAUUCUAAAUUUCUUUAAACAAAAAUGAAAGGUUUUGGCUUCAGCAAGGAGACUUUCUGUAUCUUGCUUUCCUGUGUGGCUCUCUUGUUUAAAAUAAGAACAAAUACACUGCACAGCAAGAGGUGUAUUGAGAAGCUACAGUACAGCAGACAUUUCUGAGGCUCUUCCCCACUCUUUUUAUUAUUAUUGAGAAGAGCUAUCUAACCUAACUGUUGACACACAUUAUAGUGAACGCCUAUGCAAACCCCACUGAACUUAGGAAUUUGUGAAAGGGCAUACUUGCUGGUGCACUGGAAACCUGCUGUAGAUUGUGUUCAUUAUCUCUGUGCAGUCUUGCUAGUCAAUUACACUUCCUAACUGGUAGUCUCUCCCUCUACUCCCAGCUGUUUAUGUCACAUGUGUCCCUACACAACCCAGUUUGAAUCUGAGCACUUGAUAAUUUCCUGUGUCACACACAACAUGAGAGUGGCAUUAAAACCUGGAGGUUUUCUAUAUUUUACUCCUCUUCACCAGGAUGCAGCAGAGGGAGAGAUGGGGUUGGGGGACACUUCACUGCCAUGGCUGUGAGAUCAGUAGAACUAAAGCCACUUCUGUUCCUUUCCCUCAACCGUUUCCAUUCUAAGUAACUUGAAAUUAGUGCCUGGCUUCACUUAUUAUUUUUCUCUUCUGUGUUGUCUAUUAGAUUGUAAGCCUGCAGGCUGGGACUGUCUUGUAUUUAAUAUUUGUGCUGUGCUCUGUAAAUUUCAAGUGCUUUUAAAAUAAUUAUGAUGAAAAAACAUGUGUUAAAACAAGUCUUCCUACUUGGCAUUUACAUGGCUGCAGUGAGAGUGGGAAAGAAAAGUAAGAUUCAACAAAGCAGUUGAUUUUGAGGGGCCUUGGGGGAAAGCACCCUAUCUUGGCCCCCUGCUCCUCCUGCCUGUAAUAAAUAAAUAAAUAUGAAGUUUCUUCUACUUCACAUGAUUUCUGUAAGGAUAUAUGUGGUGAGAAUUCGCAGGUGUAUUUCACAAUAGUACUUCUAGUUCACUUUUUUGAAAAUAGUUUCAUGGUGACUGGCUGCAGUAUGGCUGUAAAGGUAGGGUUGGAGGAUCUAUAGCCAGUUAAGCCAUGCAUGAUUUUUAGGGGGGGGGUGGCUCUGUCAGAAUGGCUCCCUACACUGCCACCCCUGAAAAAUCCCUGUUCUGGUGUGCCCCAUUAGGCUUAGGAAAACAGGUCCCAUUCCUGAAUUGCUGCCUUUUUUCUAAGCCAUUUGCUGGAGAAAGGGAGAUAAAGGAAGGAAUAAAAAAGAGAUAAGAGGAAGGCAGGUUUAAAUGACUGUGUGUGAGUGGGGAUUGAAUGGGUUAAUGGAGGGGGUGGGAUGGACAAGCUCACCAGCAGCAUGCAACCCCCAGAGAUUUACCCACAAGGAUAAUUAAUGCUCAGCCUGAAACAGGUUCUCAACCCCUGUUGUAAAGCAUCACAACUUCGUUACUGAUGUAUUGAUAGAUACAUCACUUGCUGCCUGAUCCUUUAGUCAGUUAAGAGGUACUACUAGUUUUAAAUCUCUGUUAGCUGCUUUAAAAUCAGUGAUGGAGUUCUCCAGUGGCUGUAAUUGGCUACUUACAGCAGCCAGAUGCUAUUUUGAAGGCUGGUUUUUUAAAACUAAAACACACACACACACACACAAAAAAAAUUUGUACAAAUGUGAGCAGUACAGCUUUAUGUACUCAACUGGUUUGGGUCUGUGCCCAGAGAAAGGGGUUUCAUUUUUUUUUUAAUUAUUUUAAAAAAUCCUACUUAGCUUUAUGAGAUCUUAGUGUUUAUUUUGUCACCCUAAUUUUACUUCCGCAGUUUAAUUUAUUUUCUAAAUUACUUGUGGAUUAUAAGAUCCUCCUUUGAGACACAUGUACUGGGUCAUCCCAGUUUCUUCAUUUUUCAGUACCUUGUGAAAUCUAUUCAUAUAAGUAGAUAGUAGCUUAGGAGCAAGUCAUAUCAAUGAACAUAAUCCAUUUUCCUGACACUCUCUUAAUUCUCCCUUUUUCCAGGAUGCUAGGAAAGCAUGUGCUGAUGCUACGUUGGCCCAGGUAGGUGGAUGCUCAAUGAACAUGUAAUCAAAAGUAUCUUGGUGUUAUCAAACUUUUUUUACAAAACAACCCAAAAAUUGCUUAUAUGAAGGGCAAAGCUGAGGUAUUUCAACUUGGUUUAAUAGGAAUGUUUUCUUUGAAAGGUUGCUGUAUGAUCACCAUUUCGGUUUUCUUGGCAGCAGAUGCCAUGCUUACCACAGAAAGCUUCCUUAAAUCAUUCUCAUUUAUCGCUGUCACCUGUCUGAUUUAUAUGUAAUGCUCUCAAUUCUAUAACUACAUCACAUUCUCAGUCUCAUCCCCUUUGUGCUUUCUCCUGGAGGACUUAAAACAUGGCUGAGGCUUACAUUAGUGCAAGCUUUAACCCUGAUUAUUGCUAACCUGGGUAUGCACAGGAUUGAAGCUUGUUUCAAAAGUGAUUUGACUGUAAACACUGGUUAGCAAUCAUAUGGAAGAUUCAUGCCGGGGAGGGUGGUUGGAGUCCUGCAGCCUCCCCUUUUUAAUCUGCGGUCCUUAAGGAGUUGCAUCCAGUUCACAGAUGCUGUCCCAAAAUGCCUGUUGCAUGUGAUGAUGGACCAACAACUAUUGCCUUGAAGUGCUUUUUCUAUUCAGCAUCAGAGGGUGUGUAAAGCAGAAGACAUCCAGAAAUGUAGUUGUGUUGGUCCAUUGCAACAAAAGCAGUGAAGAGCCUUUCAGCACCUUAAUAAGAAGGUUCACCUUCUUGCUUAUGCUGGGCUUUGUCCUUUAGAUGUAGCCUUCAGUAUGUCUAAUGUUAUAAGCAUUGCUUGGCCAUCUGUUGCCUUUCCCAGCAUUAAGUUUGUUAGUCUUCAGAUUUUUGAACAAGAGGUCAAAAAAUAAAGGACAUUAGACCUCUUGCAGCCAGUGGGGCAAGCUACCCACACAUAAAAAGGAGCCAACAACAACUAAUGUUCCCAAUAUUAAUUCGACUUCCUAUUGCUUGUCCUGCUGAAGCUUUUUGGCCAGAAUCUGAAGUUAAAUGACAUGAUUAUUAUGAUUAUUCAAAUUAACCUUAAGGCCCCAGGGUGGGUUACAACAAUUAAAACAUAAUUAUUAAACCACAUUUGCACAAUGUUAAAAACAACUUUUAAAAUACAGAAAUUAGAUUGGACCUAAAAAUAAUGGUGUGUGAGUAGAGGAAGGAGAUCCCGUUAUUUGCUUCCACUGCUAAUGUUGACUCAAAGUGAUGUGAACUGCAAAACAUUCUUUUUAGCACAAUUUAUGGGGAAUCAUUCAUGUUUGACAGUUGCCAAAAAUGCUGAAUGAACAGUUCCUGUCUUUUACAUAUGCUGUAACGUAGACUAUGGGGACAGGGAGGGAGCUUCUAAGACCUGACAUACAGCAGAGGAAGGCAAUUAUGAAGGAAUUCUAAAUCCGGAAAGCGGCCUGUACCCUACUAAGCUGCCUUGACAGAUUUCAAGAGGAAGCAGGAAUUCUUUGCCUGUGUCCUUUGGCUAAAUAAUUGUGUUACAUGGAGACAGAACAAAUAUGCAGACAUUUUUUUUAAGUGGGCUGUGCUACAAACUUUUCUGGCUUCACUGCAGUAUGCUACGGAGAAGCCUUAAAUUUAAUUGGCCACAGUGCAGGGAAAUGUGUUGAAGGCAUUUAUCUCCCUUUUACUAGUGCUCUCCUAGAAUACACGAUUAUUUUAGACAACAUAGAAUAUUCUAAAAUAUUAUUUUAGACAAAACCUGUAGCGGGGUUUUAAAAACCCUUAUGGCAGUCUUUCCCAACAUGGUGGUCUCCGAUGUUUUGGACUGCAGCUAUCAGGAAUGAUUGUGAGCUCAAGGGCACCAGGUUGGAGAAGGCUGCCUUAUGGCCUGAAGUCAGAGGCCACUUCCAUCAAGAUGCAUGAAAUGAUAGCCUCCAUUGCUAGGUAGGAGUGUGAAUGUAUGGCUAAUAUACAAAACCAAAAUAAUAUGGUUCCAGAAAAAGGGAUGAUGAAAGAACACCCACAAUGCCUGUCAUUUCUGGGGAUGUUUAAAUAUCUGCCCUUGACAAAAGCUGAGGGAAAAACAUUCAGUCGAGCUAACAUAAAGGUGCUGCGUUGGACUGGAAUUAUUAAUUUUGAAAUACUUUAUAAGUGACCCUGUUAUCUGUUGUAUUUAAACCAUAGAAGUUGGGGAAGCAAAUUUUAUUUACAGCUGACUUAAUGUUUUGUUUUUCAAUGUCCCUUAAUCUGGUUUGAAUAUUACAAUAAAUAUAUUGCUCACUUGAAUUAUACAAGAGUUCCAAGUCAGUACCAAUAGAUCUGAUUUUGCUAUGUAAGAGUUGGAACCAUCUGGAUUGAUAACAGUCCUUAAGUAAGUCAGAAAGCAGACAGUGAAAAAUGAAGCAGUGGAAAUGCCAUAUAAGUACUUUUCUGCUUAAAAAAAAAAUAACCCUGCAAGUUGUCUUUCAGUUCUGUGAUAAUUCUGAGGUGGGGAAUCUGUGCCUUUCCCUAUGUUGCUGGCUCCCAGUUUCCAUCAGCCCUGUCCGGUAUAACCAAUAGUCAGGUGAUGGGAUGUUGUUCAGCAACAUCUGGAGGUUCCCAGGUUGCCCACCUCUGAUAAAUUAUGCUUAUACUAGAAGUUUGAAAUGAGAAGAAGCAGUAGUAAGCACCUUUCAAAGCAGCUAGUAAGGUGUUUUGGUCAAGUUCUUUGGUGCAACAGGGAAAGAAAUUCAAGAAGAGAGAGUAGUUUCAGUUAAUGCUUCUUCAGUCAGGAAAUGCUUUUGCUGCUGACAGUUAUAAAUAUGUACAAUUAAUCUCCCAUUUAGAUCACAGCCAACAUUGAUCCAGUGGGUCGUAUUCAGAUGCGCACUAGAAGAACACUGCGGGGACACUUGGCUAAAAUUUAUGCAAUGCACUGGGGCACUGAUUCCAGGUGAGUUCCUGCGCUGCAGAAGGACCAUCUUGAGUUGGUCAUAACCUCUCAGCCUAAUGAUUGUGAGGAUAAGAUUGGGUGGGGACGACGACGAUGUAUGCUACUUUGAGCCCCUUGGAGGAAAGGUGGGAUAAAAAUGUAUAAAUAAAUGACUGGUCCUUGCUUAAAGGAAUUUAAGAAGCAGACUGUAGACAGGAGGAGGGAGAGGAAAUAAACUAGUGGCGGGAGGGUGAAAUGAGGAAGGCAAAGAUAACAAGGGAUAACUAAGUCCAGAGAUUGCAGUUGCAACAGCAACACAUGUGUGUGUGUGUGUGUGUGUGUGUGUGUGUGUGUGUAUGUGUCUUACUGCCAGUUUCUACUUUCCAACAGCCCUGGCAGAACUAAAAUAUAACUUUGGCAUUUUUGGGAUUCCCACUUGAAGAUGUCACUUUUACCCCCAAAAUGUGUUUCCUUUUACCCAAGAUAGCUGUACAAGGGAUAGAUGUGCAUUUUACAUAGGCAAGGUUCUGAAGGGCCAUAUGUUUGCCUAGCAGGAGAGAUUUCCCACUAGCACCACCACUUAGUCUUGUGUUUAAAAGUACAGGCAGUUACUUCAUAGGGAAUUUCAUAAUUCUAUUGCCCUACUCUAGUACCAAAGGAAUUGAGCAACACUGAAAACUAAUAACAUUUGUUCAUCAAUGCCGGCAGCAAAACUGAAAUCCAUUUUCAUAUGUUGGUUUCUCCUUGCAUGGAAGAAAUACAGAUAGAAAAUGCCUUAUGGCUGCUCUAAAAUUAUUUUUAAAUAAUAUUUCUGAAGCUUUCACACUUCUAAAUAUUCAGAGAUCCAAAGCUGGCAGUCAGCAGGGUGAAUAUGCUGUUGUCAUGGAUUGCCAGAGCACAAUCAAUGUUCUCAUAAUUUUUUUUAAAAAUUAAAUAUUUGUAUAUAGUGGAUUUGUCUGCUCAUAGUUAAUAGUGAUUAAAUCAGCAGAAGCUGAUGGGGGGAGAGGGCUUUAAUCUAAUGAAAGCAAUCUUAUUAAUUCACUUGAGCUUGUUUGCUCAAGUUAAAUAAUCUGCACUAUUCUUAAGCACCUUACAGAACCCUAGAUCUAUCUUUAAGAAUAGACCUGGGAAGACCUGGGAAGAUGGUACAUUAGAGGAAGUAUGUCACUUCCAGUUGAAUUCUGUCUGUUGCUUCCAUUAAUACAGUUACGUAGGAUAUGUGUUAUAUUGGAAACAUUCACAUUGAGAGCCAGUUCAGUCCACUGAUCAGGGGGUGACCUUGGUUGAAAUAUUUGCUCCAUCAUGGGCUCCCUGGAUGACUUUGGGCAGAUCCCGCUGCCUCAAUUUCUCAAUAUGUAAAAAGGACUUUCAGUGGCAGCUUUAGAUGAUAACGGGAGUAAAGCAUUUUGCAUAUCAAAAUAUACUGUUGAAUUGAUUAAGACUAAUGUAUUCCAAUGUAAUUUGUCUUCCUGCACUUCUGAUGUAUGCUUUGUUUACAUUUAACUUUUUAUCUCUUUUCCCUAACCUGCCCUUCCAGGCUUCUCGUUAGUGCAUCACAGGAUGGCAAGCUUAUCAUUUGGGACAGCUACACCACAAACAAGGUGAGAGCAAUUAAUAAGGUUCAAUGACUUAAUUCCAACUUGGCUAAGGGAGGAAAAGCAAACUACAGGAAGAACGCUAAUAAAACAAAUCCUUCAGAUUGUGUAUUUUUGUUCGGCUUUUGUUUUAUUCUGUGAAAGAAGGAUCCCAUGGAGGGGCAAAUACAGACUAAUUAUAGACUAAAGUAAUAGCUCAGGGUCCCGUCCACCCCCUCCCCCCUCUUUGGGAGAUGAGAAGAAAGAAGCUAAGUAGCGGGUUUGUUUUCUUAGAGACAUAAGCUGUGUGGGGCAAAGAAUAGCUUCUGUGGUUCUGGCCUUUAUAGUGAAAAGUGAUGGGGAUAUUCAAGAUAAGCCUGGGUGCAGUUGCAUGUGACAUGGAUCUUGAUUAGAACAGGCUUAACACCUUUAACAGUGGUUAAACACUAAGUGAUUUUGCAUUUAGUUAUGUGGGUACUGAAAGGAGAAAGCAAGCACUGUAGUGAUUUAUGAACUGAAAAGUAUAGCUAGGCAAGAACAGAAAGUUGGACUUAACCAUGAAGUGAUGUUCUCAUCAGCAGGGAAUGGAGCUGACAAAUGGAAGAAGGCAAGGCCCAAACUAGGGGGAUGGGGUGGAAUUGUUAUGACCUUCCUGGAGAUGAAAAGCAUUCCAGUUACAGGAAUUUACUUCAGCAUAGAAAUUGCUUAUGAAUUAAAAAAGAAAAAGGAAAUCAUUAACAAAAAAUAGUUGUCAACAAUUUAAUAGUAGUUACAAAGAAAAAAUAGAGGGACAGGAAGGAGAAAUCCAACAGUGUACCUAAGAGUUAAUGUGGGAAGUUGCAUAGGUGAAAUGCACAAUGGAUGGAUCUGUCUGCUCUACACCCAGCUUCCCAUUCUUGGGAGGUGGAGGAAUAGACCGCUAAGAGGCUGUCUAAUAUGUCAUUUCAAGAACAUGAACCCCAAAACAAAGAGAAAUGAAUAACUCUUUAUAGCGCCUGUUGUAGGGCCCAUAUAUGGAGGGGAUAAUUCAGCAUGACCAAACUUGAUGACCUUUGAAUGUCAUUUGAGGAUGGAGAUUGACCUGUUGACCACUUUGUGACUUUGGCCCAAGGCAGAUGUGGUAGCUUUUCCACACAUGAAAAAAGGCUGUUACACCCAUGUGUAUCCACACCAUAGCUGUCAACUUUUCCCUUUUCUUGCGAGGAAUCCUAUUCGGAAUAAGGGAAUUUUCCUUUAAAAAAGGGAAACGUUGACAGCUAUGAUCCAUACCUGUACAUAAUAAGGUAGCCAGUGUGUUUCCUCACCCCUAUACUGAUUAUGCUUUUGGGGAUUUCUUCCUUGCUCACCAAUAUUGGCAAAUUGAGAGCCUGGGGUCCUGAGUAAGUCUAAUGUAGACCUCAAGUGCUUGGUGAAAACUCUGUAUAUACUGUUCCUCAUUCCUUGGUGAAAUGGUCUCCUGAUACUGUCGAAUUCAACUUUUUUUUCUGGCAUAGGGUGUGGCUGCAACCUUUGGAUAGUGCUGACUUGGAGUGAUCUCUGGGAAUUCUUUUCAAGGAACAAUCCGAAGUCCACUUAACAGUGGAUUUAACUAUAUUGGACUGGGGAGUCACUGUCCCUACAUUCAGCUUGACUUCAUUGGCUGCUAAAGUGUAGGGAAUAAAAAUCUUGGCAUCUAAGCUUGCAUUUGUCAUCAGGGGCAAAAACCUUACUCAAAUUCUAUAAAUGCAGAAACAUACGUUUUGAUGAGGUGCGCAUACCAGGAGUUCAUUGGGUCAGAGGCUUGAAAACCUGAGCAAUGGACAUCCAAUGCCACCUUAAUGCCUAAGGAUUAGGGGCGCAUGAGAUUUUAAGUAGAAAAAGCUUUACCUUUUGUUGUAUCUACAACUUUUGGAACCAGAGUGCCAGAAAUUAGUGUAGCAACAGGGCCAUUCACUAGGGAGACCCUUCAAAAUUCCUAAUGGUUUGCAUGAGGCAGUUCUUAUUUAAGCUGUCGCUAUAUAGAAGAGCUAACCAGCUCCUUGCUGUUGCCCUUGCAAAUGAUAGAGCAACCACUUUGUCACUAGUAACGUCCCAAGGGUAAAAAUGGUGGGGGAAACAGAAGAGAGCUUAGAGAACUCUGUUGCUUUCCUCCCCUAUCUGUAGUUGCCCUGCUCUCUUGGCACCUGUGGGCAAUAGCUAGCAGCAGAUACCAUUUUAUGAAUUUCUGGGGCACUGCAGAAUGUCAUGGAGUGUUUCUAAGUAAUGCACCUCACAUUAAUUGGUCUGCAAUAACUUACUACAGUCACUACAGCAGAUCAGAACCCCUAUGUUUACAGUGAAAAGAUAGGGGAGAAGGAUUACCCUGUGGCUAUGAUUGUAAUGAGGUAACAAAUCUGCAUUACAGUGUUACUUUUCACCACAUUCCUGUUUCAGUGGGCAGGGAGGGGGGAGAAAUGAACACUUGCCCCCCCCCAUACAGUGGUAUCUCAGGUUACAUACGCUUCAGGUUACAGACUCCGCUAACCCAGAAAUAUUACCUCGGAUUAAGAACUUUGCUUCAGGAUGAGGACAGAAAUUGUGCAGCAGUGGCGCAGCACCAGCAGGAGGCCCCAUUAGCUAAAGUGGUGCUUCAGGUUAAGAACAGUUUCAGGUUAAGAACGGACCUCCGUAACGAAUUAAGUUCUUAACCCGAGGUACCACAAGCUUCAAGACAGUAUUAUGAAAGUCAAGUGACUAUGCAGUUCCCCAGUAUUUGUCCUCCUGUGUGAUCAAGCAUAAUUGCAUACCUCCAAGAAGAUCAAACGUUCCGAGAUGGGAAACUUACCAGAGUCCUGUUGUCAAAUACGUGCUAUUGUCCUAUUUAUCUCUCACCCCCUUGCUCCCCCAGCCCCGCCAGAAAAGGAUAAGGAGACUUUUGUCAGUAAAGGGUAUUAAUCAAAUCCAGGAAAUUGGAUGACAGUUCUGCAAUAACCAGAAUGUAGUUUUAGAUUAGUAUUUUUAUAAGUCUUUGGCUAGAUUACACAUACGAAGUCAUCUCUAAAUAUAUCUCUAGCAACACUGCUGUAGCUAAGCAGUCUUGCACUUGUGCUGGAUGUGAUGGUGGUCCUAACAAAGAAGAUGCCCGUAAAAAAGUGCCCUCUUCCAGUGAUGUGGUUAUGAGCAACCACUUUGAGGCAUUUCAUUGGCUGUCAGGGAGGGGAUAUAUUCUUUGGUGAUUAAAUAGCUGUAUUUUUAGUAAUGAAGCAUCACACCUAUUGCAGUGACGUGCUCAACUAACAUGUGCUGGGUCUUGAUUUCUUUCUUCUUUUAAUCCCUAAAAGAGAAAAUGUUAAAAAAACAACAACUUCAAGGACUUUAUUUCAUAGUAAAUCUCAGGGGCACACAAAUAAAUGCAGCAGCCCUGGCUCAUGGAGCUUAUAAGCAUGAAAGAUGGGGAAGUUUUGAUGAGAAAAGGUAGAAUUAAGCCAAGUUGAAAAAGCGUAGACUUGAAAUGCGGAAAUGUUACCGUUGUUGAAAGCAAAAGAAAUUUCAAAUGCAGACUAUGAUAAUAUGUAGUUGGGGUUGGGAAAAAAGCACAGAAGCCCGGGCUUCUGAAAAUGUGAUAUUGAUGGCUAGGAAUGGGAAAUUUUUCAAUAAUGGCCUUGGCUAGACAAUUUGAAACCUUCCUCAAAUCGUCUUUGCAACCACCAUGUGAACAUAGAGCUUAGGACUCUGUUUCUUGUAAACUUAAUCUACUGCAUGUAGCUAUUUCUUACAGCCAGGUUUCUGUUUAGUACUGUAUACAGGAACACAAGAAGAGCCUGCUGGAUCACACCAAAGACCCAUGUAGGCCAACACCUUGUUCCCCACAUUGGCCAACCAGACGCCUAUGGGAAGCCCACAAGCAGGACAUGAUGGAAAUAAUCCUUUCCUGCUGUUGUUUCCCAGCAAUCUUUAGAUGUUCACUGCCUCUUGUAUUGUUUUUAAAAGGGUUUUAAGGAUGUUCUGCAAAUGUUGGAAGGCAGUAUUCAAAUUGACAAGUAAUAUUUAUUCUGGAGCAUGUAACCUUUUGCACAGUUCUACUUUUGUUUCAGUGGGGUUUCUGCAGGAGAAUUUUCUGGUGGGUUAUUCCCCGCCCACCCCAAAGUCAGAUCUGUUUCUCUCCCACUACACUGCAUUUAACUGUUAGCAAAGGAAAAUAAAUCUACACCCUGGGUUGGCCACCUUUCUUUACCUCUUAAUAAUGGGCAAGGAACCUAACAAAAUGGCAGCUUUACCCGCUCUUUUUUUUCCCAUUCUAGGUCCAUGCUAUUCCCCUGCGUUCAUCCUGGGUAAUGACUUGCGCAUAUGCUCCAUCUGGAAACUAUGUGGCCUGCGGUGGUCUUGAUAACAUUUGCUCCAUUUACAACCUGAAAACACGUGAAGGCAAUGUACGUGUAAGCCGUGAACUGGCUGGCCAUACAGGUGAGUGUGUUUUUGCUUCAGUUAGUUCUACAACAUGGGUUGGCAAACUAAGGCCCGGGGGUCAGAUCUGGCCCAAUUGCCUUCUAAAUCUGGCCUGCGGACGGUCCGGGAAUCAGUGUGUUUUUACAUGAGUAGAAUGUGUCCUUUUAUUUAAAAUGCAUCUCUGGGUUAUUUGUGGGGCAUAGGAAUUAUUUCACCUUUCCCCCCCAAAAUAUAGCUUGCACCCCCCCACAAGGUCUGAGGGACAGUGGACUGGCCCCCUGCUGAAGAAGUUUGCUGACCCCUGUUCUACAACAUGCCUUCAACAUGUCUUUUUAAACAGUGUCUCUCUCUCCCCCCUCCCCCACCCAGUGGCAUCUCUUGAAAGACUGCCUUUCAUCUUGCUUGUGCGUGACACAUGGCUUUCACCAACCUAGUGAUAUUUAUUUCUGCCACCUUCCCCCUCCUCACAUUUUCACCUUGAAAAACAAAAGCACAAAAGCUAGGGGACAAAUAAAUCCAUAGUUUUACAGGCAGUUAUGUUACUAAAAAGCAUUAAUGGUUUCCCUUGUCUUCUGUAAAUCCUGUUGUCUAGACAUUCCUCCCAAAACUGGUCUUUUAAAAAAAGCAAACAUUGCCACAUCCAACACUAUAUAAACUAAAAAUAAUCUUUAUGUAGCAAACAUUAUGAUAGGUGUUUAAGCAUUUUGUUUCCUUAUUUUCCAGUACCAUGGCCAGGUUCCUUUAUUUAAUAGAUGAAAAUCCUGAUGUAUUCUCUUCUAAAGACUGAGCAUCUGUUUCACUUUGGUCAAAGUUCCAAAUGUAUUAUUGGAACUUUUAUCAGGCUUUGGUUGGUCUGUGUGUGUGCUGCUCUAUGCCCAUUUUUCCACUAUGAGCUAAAUGGUUUGUGUGCCAGCUAACUGGCAUGACUACUUCCAGGGAAUCCUGAGUGCUGUAAUUUGUUGAGAGGUCUGAGAAUUCUGUGUUGAAGAUUCCUACUCCACCCUCAAACUACAGUUCCCAGGAUUCCCUGGAAAGGGGAAUAAUUGUGUAGCCGCUUCAUGAUGUAGAUGUUCAUCUGGACAGCAGAGGGAGAUAGCAAAAGAGCUAAUCUCUUAGAUAUGCUGAGUCCUUAGACGCUGGUGCUCCUUGGUGUACUUUUAUGCAAAUGGGCACCAUAUGUAACAUUCAGUGAAGCCCCCACAAAGUUUCAGUUUGCUCCUGAAAUCCGUAGUAAUACAUCAGAUGAGCUGCAGAAGAGAACUGGCUCAGGAGGAAUUCCAUCUUGCAAGGUUACAGAUUCCUGCCCCCUCCCCCCGCCACCUCUCCCAGAGCUAUGUCACAUUUUUACGCCGUCUUUUGUUUCUGUAAAAGAACAGAAUCUCAAGGUGCGGCCAAGCACAGAGGCCUCUUCCUCCAGAGGUUGCCAGCUUGGCUCCGGAAAAACCUUUAACAGUUCUUAAGAGGAAACCUCAGGCGGGCUCUGUGUCUUGCUGGCUUUCCACCGCUGCAAGGCUUUACUGAUACAGGCUAAAGGGAGCUCUCUGAAAACUGCUCACAGAGGGGAACUAAGGUUACUCGGCAAUGAAUAGUUAUUUAUAAUCCAGCAAAGCCAAAGUGUUCAGAACUCUCAAUUUAAUGUAAUGAAUAACAAAUGCCGUAUUCAAACUGGUGUUUGUGGUGCAUUUCUUGCAUCGUCUUUUAGCUGCUUCAUAGGAACUCUGUGCUAUGAGCAGUUAAAACUGAUUCUUGGCAGUUUUGAUAACGCAGGCAAAUCAUGUUCACGAAAAAAGCUCUUCGUAGGAGGCAAAAGAGAAAAAGAGUGAAUAGGUGUUGUGAUGGGAUUUUUGUUUUGUUUGAUCAACCUUUUCUUUGAGCAUAAGGAGAGGACACCUGAUAGGCCUGUACUUCUGGUGAACUGCUGUUUGACACAGCGCUAGCUACUUUCAAAAGCGGCCGGAGCCUUUGCAUUAUGGAAUUAUGGUCUCUGCUGAAUUGGUCUGUCCAUAUAACUAGUUUAUUACAAACACAGUUCAAGGAGCUUGGGGUGAGGGCAAAGUGGCCAGUCAUGUUAGGAACAGCUAUGGGACCAGGCCUCAGAAGUUGAUGUGUUUAAUCUGUGAUUCUAAGAAGCAAUACUGCGAUGUAGAGCAGGAAAAAGUUCAGAAAAGAGAAACCAAAAUGAUCAAGGGGCUGGAGCAACUCCCCUGUGAGAAAAGGUUAUAACAUAGUGGGGGCUUUUUAGCUUAGAAAAAAAGAAAGUAAGGCAGGGCAUGAUAGAGGUGUGUAAAAUUAUGCAUGGUGUGAGAAAAGUAAAUGCACUUCUUCGCCUAGCUAUGAAAUUCACUCCCCCUGGAGACAAUGGUGGCCGCUGACUUGAAUUAUUUUGGCAGAAGAUAAGGCUAUCAGUGAAUGCGAUCCAGGAUGGUUAUGUACUGUGUCAAGAGUUUGAAUCAGUAUGCUCCUGAAUACCAGUUGCUGAAAAUCGUAAGUGGCGAGAGUGCUGUAGUUCUCAGCUCCCUGCUUGUGGGCAUCUGGUUGGCCACUGUCAGAGGUGUUGAAUUAGUUGGGCCCGAUCCAGCAGGGCUUUUCUUAUGUUCUUAUAAUACUUUACUGUGUGAAAGCUUUCCCUGAAAUACAUUUAAGAUGUUUGGGGUCCCUUGGCCCUGGCCUACAUCUUCGUCUUGCUGUUGAAGAAUAGAAGGUGGAAGUUAACAAAAACAAUGGGUGUGAGAUGCAAAAAGGAAUUGUCCAUAUUUAAUCACAUUUCUUUCUUUUUUAAUCCUCUUCCUGCUGCAGGUUACUUGUCAUGUUGCCGUUUUGUGGAUGAUAAUCAAAUUGUUACCAGCUCUGGAGAUACCACCUGGUAAGGCGCAUGCCAAUAGUGUUACUGUAGAGAUUGGCUUAUAUGCUAAACAAACUUGGGGUGUGCCUUUUCUCUAGUGUCUACUCCCUGCUUUGCUUGCUUUCAAAUAGCAAGGAGAUUUAAUUAGCAUUGAUCUUUAGGACUUGCCAGUCUGAGAACAGGACAGCUUAAGCAUACCUUUCCUUCCCAUGAAUGCUAUUCCUGUUUGCAUGUGUGAAUGUAGCAUACACAUUUAAUGUUAGGAUAAAUAGAUUCAGAAAACUGAAGUUAAAAAACACAGCCAAAAAGAGUUUUGUAGACUAGAGUCAAUAUUUUUACUCCUAUACCCUUGCAAUCUUCACUGAGGUGGGUGCUCCAGCUGUAAAUAAAACAUAUUUGUUUUGUUUGUGUGGGGGUUGUGUUCCAGGACAUUGAGUGUGACGACAGAGCAUGUAUAAGCCUGCCCCUGCUCCCAUUUCCUGUCACUUCUGGGUUCAUGGCGAUGCGGGAGUGCAGUGCACAGUUGUGCAUGCCUUGAACGUGCGCAAAAUGGUCACUUACCUGUAUGCAGUUUCUUAGGGGUCUUAAUUCCUUUGAGAAAGAGAGCUCUAACUGCAAAGAAAAUGAGUCUCCCAUCUGGAAAAAGUCUGCUUGCCUGUGUGUUAAGAAUGUUUUCAUUGGAUCUUCAAAACAUGCUGGCAUCUAUGGUGGCAGAGUCACUGUUUUAUUUUUUAUUGUAAACUUCCCACAGAUCUUCAUGUUACCCCUCUGUCUGUUAUAUGUUCAUCUGAGUGUACUUCUUGUAUAGUUAUGCACCCUGAAGCGCCUCUUCCCACCCACCCCCGAGGAUUUUUUUUUUUAAUGGAAGAGCACUCCUGUCAUGUGUGUCCUCACCUUUAAUCUGCCCAUAUGAAGGCCUACCACCUAAGUGCAAGCAAGGCCAAAGUGAACCACUAUUUUAGACCAACCACAGUGUCUCGGCCUUAUUUUCCCUAGUGUUAUUUCCUAGUAUUGCUUUUCUUUUCCUUUCCUAGAUUUCUGUUACUGAGUUAAUAAUAUGUAAACAAACAAUUGGAAGCACUAUAUAAAUGCUUGCUUGUUUUACUAUGAUGGUCACCCUUUUCAUUUUGGAUUCUCCUUAAACCUUUUCUCCGCCAGCGCCCUUUGGGACAUAGAAACAGGCCAGCAAACAACCACAUUUACUGGGCAUACCGGAGAUGUCAUGAGCCUGUCCCUCGCUCCUGAUUCCAAAUGUUUUGUUUCUGGUGCCUGUGAUGCCUCUGCAAAGCUGUGGGAUGUCCGAGAAGGGAUGUGCCGGCAAACCUUCACUGGGCAUGAAUCAGACAUCAAUGCCAUCUGUGUACGUAAGAACUUUAUGGAGAGGAGAUGGGAUUUUGACAGUGUGUCUGUCUUCAUGCAUAGCAUUGCCCUUGCUUGCUCUCCCUGUGCAUGCCCUGUGUCCUCCCCACAUUUGCUCCAAAGGUUUUGGGGAACCCCUAGAAGAGAAAUAGCGGGGAGGAGAGUGGGGAAGUUUUAUUGCACAAGUGGAAAUCCUUGCAUUGACAGAAUGCAUUACUAUCCAGCUAUGCUGGAUACGUCAUAUUUCCAUAUGAAAAAUGAACACAUCCUUCUUGUUAUUGCAUUAAAUUGCUCCUAUAAAUAACUCAACCCAAAUAUUUACAUAUAUCUGCCCAUUAUUCUGGUAUUGGAAAAUCACGAGAUCUUCUUGAUGGAACCUGAAACAGCUUCCCAGCUGUUGUUGAAGCCUCUUCCAGACUAGAUCAUCUUUCCUGUGUGUUACAUCCUUGUUUCUCUUUUUUCUCUCAAGUUCUUUCCAAAUGGCAACGCGUUUGCCACGGGCUCUGAUGAUGCCACAUGCCGGCUCUUUGAUCUCCGUGCUGACCAAGAGCUGAUGGUUUAUUCCCACGACAACAUAAUUUGUGGCAUCACCUCUGUAGCUUUCUCCAAGAGCGGCCGUCUCCUCCUAGCUGGCUAUGAUGACUUCAACUGCAAUGUGUGGGACACACUCAAAGCUGACAGAGCAGGUAAUGCUUCUAGUGUCUCUUGGACUAAAAAUAGGGACUGGGGAAAGAAAUGUGUGUGAUUAUGGAACAAGCAGGGUGCUUGAACAAAAGAGGGUGAAGUAAGCAACAAGAUGGAGAAGAAAGAAUAGAGAACUGAAGCAGUGCUCCCAAUUGUUGAGUGGAAGUGGGGGGAAUCAAAUCCAUGAUCCCCAACUUCAGACACUUGCCCAUUAUUAUUAUUAUUAUUAUUAUUAUUAUUAUUAUUAUUAUACCAACAUUCACCCUGGGCAGGUUACACCAUUAUGACACAAUAUUUAAAACCGUUUAAAACAAGUUAACAGUCACAAAAAUAACGUGGGUCCUAAAAAUACCUAAAGGAUGAAAGGCCAGGGUCAAAAGGUAUGUCUUCAACAUUCACCAGAAACUGUAUAAUGAAGGUGUUGGACACACCUCUGUGGAGAGUAAGUUACACAACUUAGGGGCUGCCACAGAGAAUGUCCUCUGCUGGGCUUGGACCACCACCACCCAAGCCUCUGAGGGCAGAGGAACGAUCAAGAGGGUUCCUUUUGCUGCUCUUAGCACCUAAGAGGGUCUGUGGGGAAGGAGAGAAUCUCUCAGGUAUUGGGGCCUAAGUCAUUCAGAGCUUUAAACACUGGUGUGAGCACCUUGAAUUGGACCCAGAGACAAACUGGCAACCAGUGCAGCUGUUUUGAAAUAGGUUAUAUGCAAUCUAAACAGAACCUCAGCAGAAAUCUGACUGCUAUUGAAGGUUCCAAGUUGUCUUCAAGGGCAGCCCCACGUAGAACUUACUGCAAUUUUAGUCAGAUUAGGGCUCCCCAUAGCAUCCAAAAACAAAAAUUAAGACAGCCACUCCCCUCUGGUAAUUUGAGUGCUAACCUGGGGCACCCUAGGCUAGCGAAGGCAUGGCAGUGGUAAAAAUAACCCAAAGCCAAGCUACACAAUCAGCAAAAUAAUAUGGUUCAAAUCUUUCUGAACCACAUCACAUCAGAUGGUAGCUGUGAGAAUCUGUAUAAAAACAUAGAGUACUUACUCAACCUGUCUAUUCUGGGCAGGUAAUGAUCCAAAUAAGAUACAGAAAUAGCCUAGAUUCUACAAAACAGACACCUGAAGCUCAUAUUGACUGCUGAUCACUAAUUGCUUUGAUGUUGUAUUUCUAAAAGCUUUACAUUCUUUUCAAAUGCAGCACUUGGGAUUGAAUAUAUUAAUUCCCAUGCAAGAGCUUCAGUUGCAUAAUCGAUCAUUUUCAAACAUUUUGGUAACUUGUGUGGUAGGGGAAGGCAAGGAAAGAAGAAAUCAGAAAGUGAGCGCGGGGGAAUAAGCACACACUUUGGACCUCGGAGAGUGAAAGGAUGAGUGUGUGUGCUCGUGUGCAUGUUCCAUAUUGCGGCUAACAAAAUGGAAGUGGUCCACCAUUGCUCCAAAGAACUAGCACCUGUGCAAUAUUAAUGUUUUGACAUUACCUCAUGAUGAUGGAUGUCAGGGAACUGACAUCGGAGCGGGAGGCGAAGGGGAGGCUCCUAGAUGAUGCUGGAGAAGGACCCAGCAGCAGGGGGAGAAGCAGCUCAGUGGAGGGGGAAGCAUUUAAGCGCAACACCAGGAACAAAGGUGGGCAGAUGGGGAAAUCGGAGAGAGGGCUCCCGGCCUCUUCACUGGAACUCAGUGAGGAGGGGACAGGUCCUCCGCUACCUACGCCCUCCCUGCGCAGAAGGCUCCCGCGCAGUGAGAGGAGGAGGAGACUGGGUGUCAAACAACUCUUAUGUUGGAAGAGAUUCAAGAAACGCCCACUGGCCGGAUUCUGCCAGUGACUGAGGCAGUCAUGAUUAGAAAGGGCUGUGCAGUCAGAAAGGUUUAACAAGGCAAAUUAGCCUAGAGAGGCACCAGUUUACGCACGAGUAACUCAUACUCAUCACAAUUCAUAUGAAGAAUUAUCAGUUCUGUUGCAUAGAAAUACUUAACUGAUGUUUAGUAUUCACGCUGUGAGUUUUUUUGUUUGUUUGUUUGUAAGGUACCAGUAACUCAGUUAAUGAUUUGUAGCUGCUGAUUUUUAUGAACUUAAAAUAUUGCGCUCAGCAAAAUACUCCCUCUCUUAAUAGAGUUUAUUUUAUGUUCCUGCCCUUAAACAUUGUUUCCAGAGCUUCCACUGUUCAUGUACCUUAACUUGACACUUUUUCACACACACACACACCCCUUUGGUAUUUACUAAUUAUAAUGGUGGGGGAUCUGUUGUGUACCCCCAGAAACCACACCCUCCCACAGCAGAGGAGCCAGUACAGUGGUACCUCGGGUUACAUACACUUCAGGUUACGGACUCUGCUAACCCAGAAAUAGUGCUUCAGAUUAAGAACUUUGCUUCAGGAUGAGAACAGAAAUCGUGCUCCGGCGGUGCAGCGGCAGCAGGAGGCCCCAUUAGCUAAAGGGUGCUUCAGGUUAAGAACACGUUAAGAACGGACCUCCAGAACGAAUUAAGUACUUAACCCGAGUACUUAACCUGUACUUGUCUGCUUGAUAUUACUGUUCCAAAAAGAGAUGUGGAAGAACAAGGAAAAUUUCUUUAAAAUUUCUUUACUAUGCUACACCGUAACAGAGCAGCCCUUCCAGCAGCUGGUCCUUGCUAGAUCUUUCGUUUCUUGAGUGAGCAUACAUUGUCCUCAGUCAUAAACACCCUGUUCAUUUUGACAAUUAUCUGCACCAAAAUAGCUCCCUGCCAUUUGGACCUGGUUUCUGUGUGGCAGCAUGCACAGUGGAACCUCUGUUUGCGACCAUAAUCCAUCCGGAGGUCAAAACAGGUUGCUGGGAGAGGCACUGUUGUGCGCAGGCACGAACGGUGAUUGCCCACUUCUGCGCAUUGGCAAAUGGCAAUCGCCGCUUCUGCGCAUGUGCGAACGGCGGCAAACCCGCCGGUUACUUCCGGGUUUGCCGCAGUCGCGACUUGGAAUGACCAUAAGAAGAGGCGGUGGUAAGUAGAGGUUCGACUGUAUUCUCCAACAUGCCAUUGGUCUCCAGGCUUUGGCUAUCUCUCAUAAUGUGUAGGAUUCUGGUGCUUGAGGCUUAGAUGCUGCUGACUCAGACUUCCUUGAGGUUUCUGUAGCUGCCCUUUUAUGCCUUGUGCAGACGGCUUCACUCUUUGGUUUUUUAGUGUGACAGCCGGCUUGGAACCAUGAUGGGCUGCAAUUUGUACUCGCUUGCUUUAGCUGAAAGCUCUAGAACAUCUCUGAUUGAGAUUCUGUGUACAAGAGUUUUUCUGCGAAUGUCAUAGUAUGGGCAGCCCUUGAUGUGCAAGGAGAUAUGCUUGUCCAAAGCUUUCUCCUUUCACUCAGUUUAGCAGAGAGGUUUGUACAUCUGGGGCAUUGCCAUGUGCAUAAAGAACCUCCAGACUGGAACAGCUGAGUAAACCUGUUGAAAAGGGAGCGCUUGUACAUCACUGUCGUUGAAAGUUGCUUUCUCCCAAUUACCAAAGAACAACUUAAAUCCUGAGAGCCAAGUAACAAGCUCCACUUAUACUUUUUUAUUCUUUUGCAUAUUUCUUUUGACGUUGGAGCAUGCAGAAUCUGAAACUCUUUUGCUUUUGUUUCUCUCUUCAAUUUCUAGGCGUCCUAGCUGGCCAUGAUAACCGUGUCAGUUGCUUAGGUGUAACUGAUGAUGGCAUGGCAGUGGCAACAGGAUCGUGGGAUAGCUUCCUCAAGAUCUGGAACUAAAGUCUGUAGGUACCUUAAAAAAAAAUUGGGGGGGGGGUCCAACAUGCUCUCUCCCUACCCCACCCCUUUCUCUCACACACUGAGGCUGUCUCCUCUUUCUAGGCUUCUAUGAUUGGGAUGUGUUGUUCAUGAAGUGUAAAGUGCUCAUUGGCUUACAAAGCUUGAUGGCUCCAGGAUGCCAGUUGUUGGCUAACCACAGUGGGAGAGUGCUAUUACCUCUCUUCUCCUGCUUCUGAGCUACUCAAUAGCAUCUGGUUGGCCUUUGUGGGAAACAGAAUGCUGGACUACCUAGGUCUUUGGUCUGAUCCAGCAGGACUCUUACAUGUAGACAUUCCAGGGUGUUCACAUUGAAAUAUCUUUUUCCCCAACUCUUCUCACACCUAGGCAGGUGUGGGAGCUGUGUGUAGAAGCAGCCUAGUGUCCAUAAAAUGAUUUAAUCCAGAGUACAUAAUACAGAUUAAAUGUCCUUGUUAAUGUAAAUCCGGGCCUCUCUUAACAUGCUGAGUUGAUGCUUGAGAGAAUUCCAAGUAGUGUGUAAAUAAAUGUGUUGUAUCGUUACAUAGCUGUGAAACUAGCUUUUGAUAGGAAAUGAAUAGGGUAAUAGAUUUAAUAUCUUGAAAAAAUGUUAAGUAUAAAUGCAAGGUCCAGGUUGGUUUUAAAAUAAUUUGGAAGAGAGGAAAAGGAUUAGCAUUAGAAGUUACUGAUGAUGAUCAUUAACAAAACCUUUUGUAUGUGUUCUGUGUCAGAAUAGCAGUGGACUCCACGCUGACUGGAAGACUUUUCCAACGGUUGAAAAUUUAAAAUAAUGUAUCCAAUCCAACCAUACUAACUUGGACACCCCCCUUUGCCUCCCCCCUCCCAUCUUACCCAGCCACCAAAGGGCAAGAUCUUUCACGUCUCCUACUGCUGAAAUGAAGAGCACAAUUAUCUCUAAAAGAAGAAUUUCUGUGGUUAUAUACAAAAUAGAAAAAGAAGUAAAAUUGUGCAUUCCUUUUGGGACCACCUUUCGUCUAGAAAACUAAAGGAAAAAAACACACUUUGUUUAAGCAUGUCCAGACAAAAAAAGAGAAAAAAAAAUCAUUGUGAAGCAGACAACUUUUAACUUUCACUGUAGUUUAAAGAUUGCAAACCAUUGAUUUGGUUUUACUGACUUUAUGAGUUGGGGGUGGGUGGGCCUUGUUUUAUCUCACUUUCAAACUUUGAAGUCGUGUUUGUAGCAGGGUUGAUAUCUACUUUUUGUCCAUAUUUCCAUUUCCUUUUUUUUUUCUUUCGUGCAAUUUGAUUUUAUGGUCAAUUGUUGAGCCAAGCCAAGACAAGGGAGUCCAAACCCAGAUACAUCUGGGAUUGUUAAUGCUGUAAAUUUAGUCCCUGAAGUCUUUUUAUUAUUAUUAUUAUUAUUUCUGUCUUAGUGUCACAAAUUGUUGCACAAAUACUGCAUAUAUAGGAUAAUGUUAAGAUAACCAAGCACACGCUGUACAUGGUAUUGAAUGUUUUUUUUAAAAUCACCUUUUAUGGGUAACAAAAUGCAAACUCUAGUUUUUUCCACCCCACCUCACAUGUUAUUACUCUCUUAUUUUGGCAUAGUAUGGAUUUCUUAUGCCCACUUGGAGGGUGCUUCAUAGCCUAACACUACCCCAUAAUCUCAAUAAACCAACAAGAUUCUGUGGAUUUGGGCUUUUUCUGGGGGGUGGGAGGUGUUGAAAAGAGAAACCUGUUCAGCGCUUGGCUAUUCCAUCAAUUCUUUGUGUAUGAAACAAUGUACAAAUUAAUGUUUUUGGAAAUAAUGAUCUUAAAAAAAACUUUCUAAGUUAAACAAGAACAAUGGAAAGAGAGAAAAUUUGUUUUGGUUUGCCAUAUUGGGUUGGAUUACUCUUUAGAAUCGCAUGCUGUAGAAAUGCUCAAGUGCAUAUGAGACUAAUGUGUCCUUAUGUGUUUUCUUUCAAGAAAUAACCUGUUUUUUGUUUUGUUUUUUAAUUUGGAAAAAAAAAGCUGUAACCAUUGCUGAUCUCCUCAUUUACUGUUGCUACUCUGUGCAUUAAAACAAAAGGAUGGAAAGUACUGAGCUAUGCACAUUCUGGAGUAGUGUAAUAGAUAAAUCACUAUUCUUAAUAUGAAAGGAAAAGGGAAAAAAAAACCCCCAACCACUUACUUUAAACAAUCACUGUAGAUUUGAUUCUAGGGUGGGGAAGGGAGAGGAAUAACAUGCUUUUAAAUUCCUAACAGCCUGUUGACUUUAGUCAAAGGAGCCCUUUUUAUCAGGUUAGAUUUUCCUUUCCCCUAACAAGCAACCAUUCCUGGCUUUGUGUUUUGAAAAUGAAAGAAAAAUACAAAAAAACCUAAACAGCGCUUUGGGCAGCAAAUUACUCUGUCUAACGCUGUUCCUCUCUUUUUCACUGUACUGGAAUUCUCCCCCCACCCCUUUGCUACAGCAAUGGCUAUUAUCCAUUUUGGGGUGUGUCUCUUCCUCUCCCCACCCUCCCUCUGGCAACACUCUGUACAAAAUGUGCUGUAAUUGUGCGUUUUUAGGCCUGGAUUUGGCAUUUCAAAAAACAACAAAAAAUUGAAGAAAAAAACCCCUCUUCUUCCCCUGCGCCCUCCCCCCUUUAUGGAACUAUUCUCAGUAGAGCUUUCUCCACACCCUUGUAUCCUUCACCUUUUGUAUUUAAUUUUAAAGUCAGUGUACUUCAAGAAAGCUGGAUGCAAGAUAGAUACUAUAUUAAAAUGUACUGUUAUUUAAGAUGUAAUAAAGCAGUUUGACAUG